GUUUAAUCACCCUCCACGUGACCAGUCUCCCAGUCUGCCCACACCAGCAAUGAAAAUAAUACACACUCUGCGACACGCCCUCAGCUAGGAGCAGCCAAUCAGCAGCCGUACGUCCUGACGUCACUUUUCCCGGAGCACGCUGGGAAGGCGGUACGUGGAAAUCCCGUCCCUCAGUCAGCGUGAUCACUAACCAACGCGCUGACGUCAUAUGCGGUGCAGCCGGUGAGAGCACGUACCGUGCGCCGGGGUGACGGAGCGGUGUCUGUGGGGAGGAGCCGCCGCAUGGAGUAUUAACCGGUGGGGAAGGUGAGGAGGAGGAGGAGGGGCUGGGUCGAGCAUCUUAUCACCAUGUGUGCUCAGUGAGGGACACGUACAGCCCACUGCCACCGCAUGGUCCUUGCCAUGGUUACCUCAUGGUCUAGGUUAGACCAGGUAUACCUGCUGGCACCACAUGGCACAGACCAGGUAUACCUGCUGGCACCACAUGGCACAGACCAGGUAUACCUGCUGGCACCACAUGGCACAGACCAGGUAUACUGCUGGCACCACAUGGCACAGACCAGGUAUACUGCUGGCACCACAUGGCACAGACCAGGUAUACCUGCUGGCACCACGUUGCACUGUCCAGGUAUAGAUGCUGGCACCACAUGUAACUGGACAGAGAUACCUGCUGGCACCACAUGUAACUGGGCAGAGAUACUGGCUGGCACCACAUGGCACUGGCCAGCUAUAGAUGCUGUCACCUCAUGUAACUGGGCAGAGAUACUUGCUGGCACCACAUGUAACUGGGCAGAGAUACUUGCUGGCUCAGCUAGUCAGUCCCUGCCUGUUACUAUUCAUACACUCUCACUCAGAGCUACGUGUCAUUCUGUACCGAGUCAUCUUAUCUCAAACACACUAUCCAGCAGGCUACCAGGUUAGGCUUACAAAAAGUAGUAGUGCAAAUAUACCCAAACUGUUGUAAGGCUAAGGCAACGAAGGCCUCAUGGGAGUUGUAGUUCUACAGCAGAAACCAACUAGUGGCCACUUUAGGCUUUGGCAUAGCUUAGGUGGGAUAUUAGUAAUAUAAAUACACGUGUCAGAUUUGGACUAUUGCUUCUUAGAGCAAGUUGUUUACAUGCUGGUGAUACAAGUAGAUUACCAGUGUACAGUGUGCCUCAAAACUGCAGUGUCAGAUCAGGCAUUUAUGACUAUGGUUUAGUUCUUAUAUGAGUACAGCAGCACAUAUUUGAAAACUGACAAAAGCUUAAUGUAUCCUUCCUAAUAAAUUUUAUGUUGAAGUAAUAGUCCGGCAAUUCUUCAAUGGUUUUAUAACACACCUUGCUAUCUUGAUCAAAUACAUCUUGAUAAGGUGUAAAGGGCUUUUCUUAAAUUUGAUCUUUCAGCUCUUUAGUAGAUUGCUUCCUAAUUUAGUAGUAUUGUGAGGGAUUGUCCUAUCAAAGGAUAGCGAAUAAGGGAGCUAUCUACUAAACAGCUCCCUGAUUUGUUAUCCUUAAAUAUGACAAUAUCCUGAGUUAAAUUUUUCCCAAAGUAUUACUGGUAAUGUAACAUCUAUUUCCCAAUCGUGUGUGUGAAGUUUAGUUUGAGUUUUAGCUUCCAUGUUUUUAAUAUCAAGAUGUCCAUGACUCUGCCCUACCACUCGAUUUAACCAUUCCAUAUUUAUGCCACUCAGACUUUUUUUUUUUUUUUUUCAUAUUUAGACUUCCUCAUCAGACUUACAGACACCAUUUAUUAUUUUACGUGCAGUUCUAUUGAUGUAUACUUGCUAUGGUUCACACACCUUUAGAAAAAAUAUCGUAUAAUAAAUAUUAGCUGUACAUUCUGCUAUUUGAAUUAUGAGCAAAUGUAGCUUUUCAGAUAAAUCUAUUUUUAAAAAUGUGGUUCCUCCUUUCACAUGUUAAUCAUUAGCAUUUUAUGCUGCUGGCAUAGAGGUCUAGUCCAAGAGCUGAAAAGUACCUACAGUUUGUUCUGUUCGUCUCCUUUACAAGUAUUCAACGGGCAAGGGCAAUAGCUUCAUUUUAUCAAUGUUGUAUUGGAAUCUAAAACUGAAGCAAAUGCAAGAUUUUCUUUUUUUUCAUUUUGUUUCCAAAUCUGAAUAAUGUUCAACAUAUGAAACAAACAUUGUAAGACCAUAGUCACAGCAGCCAGCCUUGUCUGUUCAUCCACCCCUCUCUAAAUGAUUGUAAAAGUUGCACAAAAUUGAUAUGGCAGAAAAUAAGAACUUUGCUUUAACCACAUAGUAGUUAUGGUGCUUAAUGUACUCUGUUUUUGUUUUAUUAAUCUAUUAUAUAGGUAAUGAAUGAAUCAUAAUUAUAUUUUGUUAUACUCUUCCCCCCCCUUUUUUUUUGCCUGACUAAUGCAUUGAUAUAAAGCUUGGUGAAGCUCUCCUCGCUGAUCUGUACGGCCGUUGUGUAAUCACUGCUUUCUUCUUCUAUGUGGAAGAUACCUGCAUUUGUUCCUGUGACAGAAUCUCCUGUGCCACGGCCUUCCGGAGAGGCAUGAAGGCCUGUUCACAAGAGCACCUAAAAGGGGCAAUAGUCACUGUGGGGUCCCCAAAUGAUGUACGUCCCAUCUGGACUUGAGGACCUCUGAGGACUGCCUGCACUCAUUUUACAUUUUUAGCGCCUGACUAGGAGACCUUGGAACUGUGCCAUGGGAUGGUCAGUCUUUAAGCAGAUAUCGCUCUGUUUCCUGUCUUCCACAUAGAGCACUAUUCGGAGGAUGCUUGAAAGCGCUCCCCUCCAUAGAGGUCCGGGAAACCCUUUAUGAAAACCGGGGCUAAGCCAUCGAAUGGGAGAACAGCCGUGACCUGGCUAAAUUUUAACAUGCUGAAUCUCAGGCGUGGCUACUCUGAUCAGGGUGCUUUUUGGACAGCAAAGUCGCUUGGUGACGAGCUUUCCAGGGUUAAAUAUAUUGUGGGGUACGGUCCAUAGAAAGGGGGUUCUGGCUGACAUUUUUAUGCUGUUCCAUUAGGACAGUGAGGGCACAGCAGGGAGCUGAUUGAUUUAGCUGGAGAUAAUGUGAUUAAAACCCCAGACAGGGUGGUGCCUGGGAGGGACAAUUGUGCACUACAUUCUUUUGUAGAAAGAGUCAACAGUGUUAAAUGUAAAUAGCUGUAUGCAUGUGAUAAAGACUUAUUCUACCCCUUACAUUUAGACUUGUCUAAUGUGUGAGGUAAAGGCUGUUAUAAAGCUAUACUGCUCUACAGAAAGGAGGGUCUCCAGGACUUUUUAUUCACUGCAACCUGGUCCGGUGGAAGAGUUCCUUCAUGACUGGGUCUGAUUGCAGCUAGGAAGCUGAUCUGGUGGAGGUACUAAGUUGGAGUACGGAAGCUCCGUCACUGUUGCGGAUCCCCCAUCUUUGCAACUUUAUGCAGUGAGCUCUUCCAAUCAUUGCCCUCUCUUAACUUAAACGGAAGUGCUUAUGGAAAACAUGUUUUUUGGGGGGGAGUUGAUAGUCGAUGCUAAUGUAUUGGAAGAAAGAGGCAGCAAAAAUGUGCAAAUGGAAUAAAACGAAUUUUAUCAAAGUUUAAUUGUACAAAAAAACAACAACUGCAGAGCAUAAAUAGCUGUAAAGUAACCUACAUAUUGCACCUACCGUGUGGGUGGUUGAAGCAUCCCUGUAAUAAUUAUUGAUGUUACUCAGAUCUCAAAUUUAAUUAUGACUAUUAUAGCGUUACAAUUGGUUUAUUAAUGCAUUUCAUCCAUCAUUUUACCAGAAAUAUUGUUGAUCAAUCUGGCACUGAAAAGGUUAGCUUUGAAAACCACUUGGUGAUCAUAUAUAAACUUUCUGCGCUUGUAUCAUUGUACAGAAUGUGUCCAGUUCUGCUGAGACAAGCAACACUAUUGUUGUAAAUGCAAUGCUUCUCCUAACUUUGCUUUUUCAUUCUUUGACAGAUGUUGGUUGACUCUGCUGUACCAGAAAGGGGCAAACCUCUUGACAUUAAUAGGGUGCUUGGAGUAUAGCAGCAGACAUGGAUGAACAAGCCCUGCUUGGACUUAACCCAAAUGCCAAUGCUGACUUCAGAGAACGAGUAUGUUGGUCUUUCUUCACUGUACAGGAGCUUGUCUGUCUGUCAUGUUUUAUUUAUCUAAAUAGUCACAUAUACAAUCAAUUGUAAUUGAAAAAAGUAUUCUCUGUAAAAUAUAUAUUAAUUUUAUUUCCCCAUUGUGUUACUGCUUUUGCAUAAAAAUCUUACGAUUCUCAUGUUCUGGCUUAGUUAAAAUUGGUUAUAUUUUUUUUUUCCGAUUAUAUUAUACUGUAUUCUAUUUUUAAACUUUGGUUUACUGAAAGCAUGAUAACUACAGACUGCUGUCAUGGUUUAAUGCCAGGAGUAACCUGACCCAGUGGGGCAAACUGUUUAGCAACGGUUUGUUCCCUUAUCUAGGUCCUGGCAGGACUCCGGAGCUCCCUUUCUGGCUUUUGUAGAGCUGCUGAAGUCAAAAGCUGGUGGCUGUCGCCAUGCAUUGACUGAGAACAUCAACUGACCACUCUCAGUCAAUGACUUACAUUCUGGGCUCUGAGACGCAUAGUGACCCUAAUGAUGUGCUUUUGGUUUCCACAGCUGCAGAAACUCGAAGCCAAUCCAGUCGCCAUUCAUUGGCUGAGAUCAUCAGCUGGCUGCUCUCAAUAUGCCACAGAAUUCACUCUUUCUGUGCUGGCUGGUGACACUCCAAUGAUGCUGCCAUAGGUGGCACUCCACCUCUGGCAGCAGGCACCAUAGCUACUUCGAAUAAUUCAAGUGGUGAUUGUGCUUGGUGUAAACCUCUAACUACGCCUGCUAACUUGACAUUCCUAUCAAUUUCAUUAUCUUUUUUAUAACCUUCAUACUUUUAACUCACUGCAUUUGAUGUUGCUUUGCCUGUUAGCUGCUCUAAUCAACUGUAUUUACAAUUCAUUUUUUGUUCUUUCAUCCUUAUUCCAGGCUUUGGCCUAUUUUGAGCAAUUAAAGGUGUCCCAUGAUGCCUGGCAGGUCUGUGCUGAAGCAAUAUCCCGGCGGAUAUACAGGUAGGUACUCUCAUUACAAUAAUACUUUGUUUUGCAGAAGUGACAAGUUAAACUGAUUACAUAUAUGGUGUUGUUGCUCUCUAUAUAAGGUGACAUUUUAAAUCCGCCUAUCACUGGCGGCCAGUCCAAGGCUUCCACAUUGAAGCCAAUGCUGGAGGACAUUCAGAUAGUCUUUAUGGCGCCAUGAGAGUUCCUUUUAAGCAACUGUGCUCUAGAGGAUACCAUGACUUUUGGUGUUCAGUUCUCGUUCAUGUAGAUGUGAAAAUAGAAAGGCUGCAUAGAAACUGAAUAUAUAGAAAACCCAAGACUUUUUUUUUUUUUUUUUUCUGGAGCAGUCAAAAUAUGGAAUGGUAGUCUAGGUUGUCUGGAAGUCCAAAUAAAGGAAAUUGAUGUUUUUAGUUUAUCAGAUGAAUGUUUUGGAACAUAAAUAGGCAGUUACUUGAUGGCUCUGGUAGUUGUGGAAGAGCUUUCAUUUUAAGGAUAAUCAUUUUCCCAGUAUAGAGAAUUGAUUGAGAUGAUAUUAACGAUUUAAGUUCACCAAAGUCGAUUAAACUGUUUAGAAAAAUUUAGCCAAUAACGGUCCUUGGCUGGUGGUAUAAUGUACAACUAUUUGGUGCCUUUUUCUGUCCAAUAAAAUGUAGAAAGAGCAUUCAGAGUAGAAGGAUUAGUGGAGCAAUAGCUGGGAUGGUAUAAUGUGUAUUUCUUAUUUAUUUUUGUAUACCUUUUUUAAAUCUGAUCAUGAGUAUACAUGAUGGUUACUUUGUUUGUUUAAAAGCCCUUGUAAGAUGCUUCCCACAUUUAUUGACUUGUGAGUAGAACAUACAUUGUGUUAAAAUGAGUGCAUUGCUUCAAAAUUAAAUGAACACUCUGUUGGUAUUUUUGUGCGUGUUUAGAUUAUUUGGCUCAACUUUUAAAAGGAAGUUAAAUUCAACUUUAAUUCAAUGCUUUUCCCGGUCUCAACACUACAGCUGCAAUGCCUGCUGUGAGUCUCUCCAGUUCAUUAGCUACAUUUACUGUGCCCACUAAUCAGAUACUUCUCGUAGAGUCCAGAAUCCAGUACUUGUAUUGCUUCCACCAGUUUUAGAGCUGGUAUUGAGCAUAUUUCUUACCGAUAACUUACUCAUCUCUCCCAGUCACUGCACGUCAUCUUCCGCUACUGGAAACUCCAGACCUCAGCCGAAUUGCAACCUUACAUCACCCUUCUCUGUGGGUCUCCUCAUACAGAGCUCAGCUGAAGGCAGGGAGGUGUAACAGUGAAUAAUGUACUGGGCUGGCUGUCUCAGUUAUUGUAGUGUGGUGACCGCAAUCACAGUGAUCACAUCAUGUGCUUGCUGAGUGUAAUAGAAGUGUGUCCAGAUUUGUGUAGAAAUUGUUUUGCUUUUUAAACAACUUUAAAUGCACAGAAUAUUGGCACCUGUAAACGGUAAUUGGCCCGAAAGGUGUUCUAUUAUCUGUAUUGGCUCUGGAAAAAUUAUGUUGGUCGGUGCCUAGCUUUUAUGUGAGGAGCUUUCUCAGCAUUUGUCAAAGUUUUAAAUAAUAAAAAAAUUUCACAAGGAGGUGCAUCUAGUGCCUGUCUGACAGCCUUUGUAACACAUGUAAUUAUUGCUGUUUUUCACAUGCAUUUAUUAAAGUACAGGAAUGCUGCAUUAAGAUGUAGUGAUUUUGAUGCUUGGAGUAUUUGCUUCAGAGCUAUUCUCUGUGCUGUAAGUUGUUGAUCUAAGUUUUAGGAAAGUGCUCCAAAGUCUUUAAGUCCCAAUAAUUGUUAAUAGAUGCAUCGCCCCCUUCUUGCUUUGUGAGCCUAAUUGCACGAAAGUAUCUCACAAUAACUUUUGUGCUUUCAUGUACAUUUAUUCUUUGACAAGAUUAGUAUUCUCGUAGAUAUGAGUUGAGGACUUCUUGUAUCUUAGUAACCGCCUGCAGACUGUUCAGAAGGGAUUUACUGCCACUGGGGCAAUAGACAGAUGUACCUGUGAGUUCUAAAAUAAGGACCAUAGGGGCAUGGGCUGACCAUGUAAUGUUCCCAGUGGAAGAGCCUUUUAGUAGAUGAAAAUACCUGUGAGGCAGUAAAAGCAUAUCACUUGUAGAAUAUGACAUGGUUAUGUGGGUAUAAAAUGUGUAAAAUCUAACUGUAGGGUUGAUAAUUUGCAAAAUGUCCAAGAGUUUUAAACCCCAGACAUAGAGAUUGGAUUUUUCUAGAGGUCAUUGUGUUAAAAUUGAUUUUUGAUUGUUAGGAGGCCUGAUGUGCAUUCUCUGCUACUCUAGAGGUAGGUGAUAAAAUGUAGAUCAAAGUAAAAAGAACAGGAGGAAGAGGUAAACCAUACAAAUGCAGAGUAGAUUGCGUAAAUCCCAAUACAAAUAAACAGAUGCCUUAGGAUAUAAGGAAAGUAAGCUUUGACAUGGUGUAUAUACUGUAAAAAUGCCAAGUUAAAAACAUUACAGUCUUUGGAGUAAUGAAUACAGGAGCGAGCCAUUUCCCACAAGUGAAACGUGUAGAAGGAUGUUUAGGUAUGUAUAGUUGGAUUCAUAGAGCAACAAAAGCAAAGCCAAGCAUUCAAGGAAGGUAAAUGACGAAAGGAAAGGCUAAAAAUUAUAUUUCUUGUAGCAAAAACACAAAAUAAAAAGCUCACACACCAGGACACUGACAACAAAACAACCGUUCUGUUUUCUUGGGCAGUGCCAUUCUCCUAUUCCUAAGCUUAGGCCAAUCUUCCCUAAAAGGACUCAAAUAGAUAUUUGAUAUACAUAGAUCUCUACAGAAAUUGACAAGAUAAAGGGGGGUGGGGGGAGAUAAAGUGGGAGGGGUGCUACGGUUGGGGUAUACUUCUGUAUAGGAAGGUAACAUACAGGUAAAAAGAGUAAGCCAAGUUGGGCUUUUUUGUUGCAUUCUUGUUUUCAUUAUGGGGCAGCACUUAACACUUAUUUUUCUUCUGUCUUCAGGGCUUUGACCAUUUUACUUUUGGGUAUUUUACUUUCUAAUAUGUGCCAAAGUUGAUUUAGGAAUUUUAACCUUUUGGCAAUGUAAGUUCACUUAGGUUGUUCUGAGGUUCUGUUAGCUGUACCAUUCACUUUGCCCAACUUUUACCUGUAUCUUGUUGGUAGCCGUAUUGUUAUGGUACAUAGUCACUAUUUCCUGGUUUUCCUGUUUGGCAGACUACGUAGUGAAAUAGCCUCCAUAUGGUAAGUUGUUUACAUGUAUGUUGGCUAUCUAUACAGGUAAUCAUCAUAAAAUCUUGUUAUGGGCAAAUGCAAAUAUUACAAGCUUUAGAAUGAAAUGUUGUAUUUCUUAAACUGUGUACUUUGUCUUCAAGCGAUAUUGCAAACUGACAAGGUGUUAGAAAUGGAACAUAUUAUUUUUCAUAGAUGUUUCUUUAAGCAAUAACCUCAGUCCAUAUUAUGUUUGCGCCAUUUCGUCCCAGACGAAUUACAAUAACAAUAAUGCAUAAACAUGCUUCAAGGAUAUGCUAUGCUUUAAGACGUUAUAGUGGUAAAUAAGGGAACCAGCCACGGUUACAAUUAAAAGCCAUGUCUUUCUCUUUAUGGCUGUAUGUAAUAAUGUUGUUCAUAAUUUGGAAUAUAAAACAACGACUUCUCAAUUCCUUGCUAUGUUUACAUGUCUCUGUAUCUCCGCAACCUUGGCUGGAAACUCCAAAAAUAGUUAUGCUGUUAUAAUUCCUGGUUUUCAAUCAACAUCUAGCGUAACUGACUAUAUGGAAAUUAUCACUGUUUUAUAAAACUUUUCAUAUAUAGUGGACAUUAGAAUCCAGAACGCAGUAAUGCAAUAAUUUUAAAAUCCUGUCUGUCUCAUGAAUGUUUUCAUUAAGCCAUAAUGCAAUUUUCUUUGCAUUCUUGGAAUUAGACUUCAAAUUCUAUUAAUAAUAUAAAAGCAAGUCUUUUUUAUUGCUCUGUCUUAUCACUUUUCUUUUGACAACAUUUUGCAUUAAUCUUUUUCCUGCGCAUGCAUACUAAGCAGCUACAAAGAGAACAUAUCCCCUGUCUGCAAUCCACUGUCCUGGAACUAAUGGACCACGCUAUGCUGGUGUAUUAGGCAUAUUAGGGAGUUUACCAACUAUGUAUAUUUGUUCUCUUAUGAUAUUACUUAAGAUCCACAAUUUGUUACAAUGUAACUUGCACAAGUUCACUUUAAAAUCAUCUCUUCAUGAUGAUCUCUCUCCGAGUCUGGGCCACAAAUAGCUCAAUAGAUUCUUGAUAUUUCAAGACUUGUGCCAUGACAAAGUACUGUGUCUUCUCUUACGUAUAAGAGGUUACCUAGGUAUUUAUUAUUUUAUAGUUAAAGCUUCCAAGUUCAAGUCCCUUCGUGGUCGCCAAUUGUAACCACGGCUGGUUCCCUUAUUUACCACUAGAACGUCUUAAAGCAUAGAACUUAGUAGGGCUAACCAUACAGAUAUCUUAGCCAUAAUUUCAUAUAGUUAGUGUAAGAGAUCCUCUAUUUAACAAAUAUAAAUAAUUGAGAAUACAAUAUAAAAUAAGGAUUGUCUUGGAAGCAAUAAAGAUUUGUCUUUUUAGAUAUUUAUUAUAUAAAAAUAUAGACAUAUAAAAUCCAUUAUAGCAGAGUUUAUAAGAUUAAACUAAAUGCUUGCAAAUAUCAUUAAUAGGUUAACAUACCCUUCUGAACAUGUCAUCAUGUCAGCCUCUCUGUCAUUUUAAGAUGGAGCAGCGUCUGUGUCCAAGUCUCUCCUCUGUUCCUUAACAUUUAAAAGUACACCUAUUUAUACCUUCGUUGUCUCCAUUUUAGGGUUACCGUAGUUCAUAUAUGAAAAAGUUACUUUUUUCAUUUUAGGACCUCCCUUACGUUGGCAAAAAUACAAGGCCAUAACUAAAGGGUGUAUACGUCAUGGAAAUUUUCCUGACUUAGUUCAAGCUGGCAUCUUAAAGUCUGGACAUCCUUAUCUACUUAGGGUUACCACAGUAUAUUGUGUACUGAAAGAGUCCUAGCAUAGCCUUGAAGCUUGUUUAUGCAUUAUUGUUAUUGUAAUUCGUCUGGGACAAAAUGGCGCAAACAUAAUAUGCACUGAGGUUAUUGCUUAAAGAAACAUCUAUGAAAAACAAUAUGUUCCAUUUCUAACACCUUGUCAGUUUGCAAUAUCUCUUAAAGACAAAGUACACAGUUUAAGAAAUACAACAUUUCAUUCUAAAGCUUGUAAUAUUUGCCCAUAACAAUAUAACUUCAUGAAUUCUGCUGCCGAUAAUGUGGUUAAAUAAACGCGUUCAUUAGUGUUAUCCGUUAAUAGUCCUUGAAGCUAUUUCUCUUUAACAAUAUCAAACUAAUAUGUUUGCAGUAAUAUGAUACAGAAACCACAAUAUCACCACUGAAAGGUUGUUUGUUUUUGUUCUUGUGAGUUUUUUAUUUUAUUGACUUGAGAAACUUUCAGGCUAAUUCCUUUUUCUGUGCCUCCAGGAAUUUUUAUAAAAGUCCCUGCUUUCUAAGUUACAGUACAGUCUUUAUAUCUGACCAUCUCUCAGAUGAUCAGUCACUUGCUAUUCACGUUAAUGCGAAACCCUGAUUGCUUUAGCCAAGCUGUCAGGGAGUUCUAAAUUGUCCUUCAUUGCUCGUGUUGUGAGGGAAAUAUAUUCCCUCUUUCUUUUUCAUUUUAUCUUUCAAAGUGUAUGUGAAUAGAGAAUGCAAUAUUAUGUGUGCUAUUUUAUUGGCAUAAAUGCGAUUCCAUUUGCACACUACACAAGCAGCUUUUUUCUUUUUUCAUAAAGGUGCAAAGGGUGUGUUGGUGCUGUUCUGGAUUAGCUUGCUUUCUCCUGUUCACACCAUCUGUGGUUCUCCUUCAAAUAUCCUCAGAAGGGAUUGCAGUUUGUGAGCUAUACAAGUGUUCGAGAGAAAGUCAUUGCUCUGUUUUCACAGUGGGCAGAUGAGGUCAUAUUGCAUGUGGAGCAACUGCUCAUGCAUUUGUCUGUAAUUCCUUGGUUUUGUCAAUGUACUGAAAAUGUAUGUAAUUUUUGUUCGUUGUUGCCAUAAAUUGCACUUGUGUUUAUUUUUACUUUAGUGAUGAUCACGUUAAGUUCUUCUGUUUUCAAGUCCUUGAACAUCAAAUAAAAUUCAAGUAAGUGUCCUUUAAUUACGUACUAGUCCUUUCGAAAAAUAUAUAUCAGCUGGGGUUGAAAACUAUAAACAUAAAGACAGGGGUGCACUCACGGGUCUUAGAUAAAGUGGCAACUGGUUUAUUCGAAUGAAAAAAUCUUAAAUACAUCUGUGAAAAAGUCGACGUUUCGACUCCUAAGGGGCUUUUUCAAGAUGUAUAUAUGUUUGUGUGUAUAUAAUAUAAUUUUUAUAGUAGAUUUUGUAGCCGUAUUAGUCCGUUGAUGCAGAUGUAAAAUAAGAUAUGUAAGCACAUAUGCACAGACAACACAGCCACCAACAACCAAACCUUAAAGCAUUACAGAAUCAUACACCUGCACAUCUAGCAAUGUAGGAUAUAUGAUACAAUGUACUAAAUACAUUGGGAAAACAACCCAGCAAUUAAAUGGCAGAAUGAAUAUUUACAGAUACUACGUUAAAGGACCACUAUAGUGCCAGGAAAACAUACUUGUUUUCCUGGCACUAUAGUGCCCUGAGGGUGCCCCCUCCCGCCGGGCUCUGUGGAGAGGAAGGGUUAACCACUUACCUUUCUCUAGUGCCGGGUGGGGAGCUUUCCUCCUCCUCUCCUUCCUAGCGAUGUCAUCGGCUGAAUGCGCAUGCGCGGCAGGAGCCGCGCGCGCAUUCAGCCAGUCUCAUAGGAAAGCUAUGGUGAUUUUCACAGUGAGAAGCACGCAAGCGCCUCUAGCGGCUGUCAAUGAGACAGCCACUAGAGGCUUUAGAGGCUGUAUUAACCCUUAGUGUAAACAUAGCAGUUUCUCUGAAACUGCUAUGUUAAAAAAAAAAAGGGGGGGGGGGGGUUAAUCCUAUCUGGACUUGGCACCCAGACCACUUCAUUAAGCUGAAGUGGUCUGGAUGCCUAUAGUGGUCCUUUAAACACCAUAUAGAAGCAUCUUACAGCACUCCUGUGGAACAGCAUUUUACCCUGCCUGACCAAGGACCUAAAAAUUAAAGUGGUCAAAGGGGAUUAUAGAAAUACCCAGGAAACAAAAUGUUUAUAGCCAGAAUGAUUACAUUCUUAACAGCAAUAAUCGAGGACUAAAUGUUGAUUUGGGUCUCCUGUCCCACUACCAAAGUUUUACAUGACACACACACACUCACACUCUCUCUCCACAUUCUACAUUUUAGGGUGCAUUCUAAUGACCUGUUGAUGGGGGUUUGUUUGUGUGUGCGUGAAUUUGUACAUAUGUAGGUAUAUGUAUUGGUUUUUGUGUAUGGAUCUGUGCAUGCAUUUGUAUGUUUAUGUAUGUGUGUGUGUGUGUGUAUAUAUAUAUAUAUAAUAUAUAUGCGUAGGUUGUUUAUAUUUCCCUCCUAGUACAAACUCAUGCACUGUUUGUUUGUUUUUGUUUUUUUCCUCUCCCCCCUCACUCUGUGAUCCUUACACAAAUAUUAAUGACCCUCUGUGCGAAUAGUGUCUUUUCUAUCUGUGUUUUAUUUGCGCUUAUGUCGCUUUAACCCCAGUAUCACAAGUCCGCUUUUAAUUCUGUGUUGUUUUUGCUCAGAAGUGCUUUUGAUGUGUCGUUCCAAACUUCUGUUAGUCCAAUAAAAAAGGUAUUCCAAGAUACUAAUUUAAUCUGUUAUUUUAACCACACACAGGUAGAUCUCAAUUUUGUUGGAGAAAACAAUAUUGCUGAUUUUACAUUUUGUAGUCCGCUUUUCAAAAUAUUUAUCCUUUUCUUAAAGAUGUUCCCAACAAUUUCUAUGAUGGUUUGGAGCUGCAUCUUAACACUUUCUCCUUUGUUGUAGGAUACUUUAAAUUAUUGUAGAUGCUAUAGGUUUCUCCAUGGUGGUGUUCACUUACAAGUUUUAUCUUUUGGAAUGAAAGAAAAAAUGUUUUGGGGUCCUUUUAAAAAAGUUUUUUUUACUUUUUAUACAUGUGGUGUAACUUUUUUCAUGCAAUCUUUUCUUGCAGAUAUUCAGAAUUGACUACAUUGCAGCAGCAAUUAAUAAGAGAGACACUUGUCACAUGGCUUCAAUCACAGGUAAUUUUCACUUAUUUAAAAUUGUUUCCAGUUAAAGUUCUUCUGUCGAGAAAGAAAUAAGCUGAUGCCAUUUUUCUUCUUUUUUUUUUUCUUUCACUUUAUUGCUUGCAAAUGCAUAUUUUAUAGGGUUACUCCAAGCACCAUGACCACUCCUGUGAGUUCAUGGUGCCUUGAGUCUGUAUGUUUGGCCUGGCUACUAUCAGUUCUGGGCGAAUUUCGAUGUACAGACAUUCAUUGACUGGUAGUCGUCAAUUGACACUCUUAACCAGUGAAUGAGUGGCAGGAGCAUCAUUAAUCGACAUUGAAGUUAUAAACCUGCCUACAGAGGAGUCCUGGCACCCGCCACGAUCAGUAAACCCAGUUUUCCCUAUUACCAGGGAACAGAAAAGAUUUCCGUGACUUUAUAUUUAUAAUAUUGCACCUUACGAUACCUAUACAAUGUCAUUUUUGUUAUGAGAAUGUGUCAGUGAAUUUAAAAUGUUAGUUUUUCCAAUUUGAGAAUUAAUGUUUGUUAUGGACAAUUCCUGGUUUGGUAAACAACCCUGUGAAUGUUUGUGUCUGAUUAUCUGACUUUGACUUUUUAUGAUAAUUUUAUCUGUGAUCUGGUCAUAAUAAAGAUUUGCAAAAGAUACUUGUCUUGGAGAAUGUAGUGGACUUAAGCAAAGAAAAAGGAAAAAAGCAAAACACAUGGAUUGCUGUUUAAUUUUUUACAUAUUAAUACAAUAUCUUUUUGUGUGUUUGUGAAGCCAUCUGCUUUUAGUUAUGAUUUCAUAGAACUACUACUUCUGCUACACAGAUGCUUAAUGCGCAACCAGAGAAGACAUUUAUUCGUAAUAAAGCCGCCCAAGUAUUUGCCUUGGUCUUUGUGACGGAAUACCUCACAACGUGGCCCAAGUUCUUCUUUGAUAUUUUGUCAGUGGUGGGCCUUAAUCCAAGAGGUGUGGACCUUUACCUGAGGAUCCUAAUGGCUAUUGAUGCAGAGGUGGUGGAUCGGGAUAUAAUUCAUACUUCAGAGGUGAGUGUUUGGUAUAAAAACACACGCUUAAAGAUAGCUCAAUGCAUCCUUUUUACAUUUAUUAAAAACAAACUUAAUUGCUUGCUUUUUUAAUCCCUGUGUCUCUUUAAUUCAGGGACCCAGAUAUUUUACGGUACUAUGAUGUUUCUAAUGAAGAGCUGAAGCUGAUUGGAGAUUUAGACACUGGGUUUGAUAUAUUGGCAUUUCAUUUACAGGAAGCCCGAAGGAACACACUGCUGAAAGAUACAAUGAGGGAACAGUGUAUUCCAAAUCUGGUAGAAUCAUGGUACCAAAUCCUUCAGACCUAUCAGCAUAGUAAUUCCGAGCUGACAUGCCAGUGCCUUGAAGUAAUUGGAGCAUUUGUCUCUUGGAUAGAUUUAAGCUUGAUUGCUAACGACAGGUAUGUUUUGUACGAAAAUCUGUGAUCAUUCUAUCUAGAUGAAGAGAUGCUUUCAUACAGGCAAACAAAUAAAAGCUAAUGAUCUAUUUUUUUUUACGGGUACUUUUAAUGCAGCAAGGUACUUGCGUCAAACGGAGUUAAAGGCAAGGUGUUGGUUAAAAAUUUUAUUUUUAAUGCAAAAGGUAGUUUAAAUAAAUAUGCAUAUUUUUCAUUUUAUUUUUUGUAAAAAGUCCUUGAAAUCCUACCUUCUAGGACAAGUUCUUCAGUUAAGCUAAUCCGUUCUUUUAUUGUGCGACUCUAACGUCUGUGUUCAUGAGGGACAUCGUGGACACAAGUAAAAUGGUUAUUACUAAAAUAUAUAACUUAUCUUUUUAUCAUAAAAUAUAUGGGGGGAAAAAAAACACUCAUCUAGUGCUGGAAUACGUAGAAAAAGGAACUGCUUUGACUUGACUAAUGUCACACAAAAGCUGCAGGUAGUACUGUAUGUAAGAACGUGCUGGCAAUGAAGAGUGCAGAAGAAAAGUUCUAAAGUAAGCACACUCUGAGUACAGACUGAUAGAACAUAUGUGCCAAGUAAACGCUUCUUUUCAAGAAAAGUGAAGGGAGGCUGUGUGAGUCACAGCUGGGGUGGGUGUGUCUAGGAUUGCCUAAACUGCAGAGAAAAGAGUUGUGAGGCUAGAGGGGCAUGAUCUGUGCACCAAAACUAUUUAAUUUAGCUUUGACUGGUGGCAGUCAUUUCCUCACUGUAGGGUAGGAAAAUAUAUUAAUAUAUCUUAAUAUAUUAAAAUCAGGGACGUAAUAAAGAUUAUAUUUCAUUGAAACAACUUUGUCCUCCUUGGAAUGCUAUCAUGCAAAUUGUGUACAGGGAGGUUACUCAAAAGUCUUUAAGAGGAAAUGCCUCCAGUUUAUGUAAGAGACACCAUAGCAACAAAACCGCUUAAUUUUCAUAAAGUGGUUAUGGUGCGUAGACCCUGAACAUCUUCUCUGAUAAAUGUAAAUAUUUCUGAGAACCUGCAAUGUUAAUAUUUGUAAGAGAACGUGCCUCUAGAGACCGUCUCUAGAUGCAUUUCCUCAUUAUGUGUUCAAUUUGGCAUCAUCAAGUCCAGCAUGAUGCUGAGCACUCAUAGAGAAACAUUGGGUUUAGUGCAUCUCUAUGAGAAACAUUUGAUUGGCAGUACUUAUCUAUCUCCAAUGUCAUUGUGGGCGCAGCAAGUGUUGAGAGAAGGCUUUCUCGGCACUGGGAUUACAGGUAAGUUUUUUUUUGUUUUGUUUUUUUUUUAUAUAUAUUUUGCUUUAAAUAUUUAAAAAUAAAAAUGAUGUUGGGGUACAUACACAUGCUAAGCUUAGAAAUGUGUAUUUAUAUGUAACCUUAGUGUUCCUUUAAGAAUGGUAUGCAUGCAAAAUAUUAUCAGUCAUUCUAAAUAAUCUCCUGAAGUUAUAGAAUUUUAAAGAGUGCAGCCUACAUGAUGAGGGUAGAGUUUAUGGCAUAAAUCGAUAUUUAUACUGUGAUCCCAAGAAUAUCUUCUUUAGCAUAUAUUUUCUGCAUUUUUCAGGUUCAUCAAUAUGUUGCUAGGUCAUAUGUCAGUGGAGGUUCUCCGGGAGGAAGCAUGUGACUGCUUGUAUGAAAUUGUAAAUAAGGGAAUGGAUCCAAGUGAUAAAACCAAAUUAGUGGAGUCUUUGUGUCAAGUCUUGCAGUCUGCAGGAUUUUUCAGAAUUGAUCAGGUUAGUCCUCUCAAUUUAUAAAGUCUCAUGCAGCAAGAAAAUUUACUACAUAUAGCAUGCCAAUUGUCACUAUACCCCACUUCCUCUAGAAUGUAAGCUCAUUGAGCAGGGCCCUCCACCUCUCUGUUCCUGUACGUCCAGUUGUCUGGUUACAAUUACAUGUCUGUUAGUCCACCCAUUGUUCAGCGCUACGGAAUCUGAUGGCGCUAUAUAAAUUAUAAUAAUUAAGAGUAGUUCUAUCCAAAACACGCAAGACUUUAUGCCUUUUUGUGGUGAAAUUCUGAUUGUGAACUACAGUUUUCUCACAAGUGCAGCAGAUUUGACAUUUUCACUAUUCUGAUAUAUGCAACACGUCUGAGAUGCAUGUAAUGUGUUUCUAUAAACGGGGGGGGAGGUGUAGUGGUUAUGGUGCCUGGGGUGUUCCUUUUAAAGCAGUGGUUCCCAAACAAAUCCUCAUGAUCAACUAACAGACCAGAAUUAAUUUCCAUUUUCUAAUCUAAUGGAUUUACUGAAACAAACUGGACCAUUGCUUGGAUUAUGGGUAGUGGUUUGAAAACCACUGUUGUAAAGAAACACAAACAUGCUGACCAGUCCCUCUCCUUCCCCAUACUGAACACAAUGCACAGAGAUCAUCUGAAACAUAACCAGCUUGGGCUUAACAUUUAUAGAGUAGAAGGAAAUUUGGAGCUAUUCCUUGCUCCCUUUUAAUAGGAGAGGAUACUUGUGGGUAUCCCUUGCUCCCAGUUGUACUUUAUUUUAAAUUCAAUGUAUUUUCUUCACACACAGAGGGUUACAUUGCCAGUGCUGAACUUCAGUCAUGCUGCCCAUUCCUACUAAUUGCUGUGCAUGCACUGAUCAGUUCUGAAUUGCUCUUUCCAUAGACUGAAUGGUCUGAGAGCACUUUUCUCAGCAAAUGCAUGUUUCAUGAUGCUCACGUUGUGCUCGCUGUGGAUAUGAUCUCUAGUGUCCCCAGAAGUGGUAUAUGAGAGAGCAAACCCAGGAAGGCAGGACAAAACCCUAAAACAUGGACUGUCCUUCCUAACCGGAGACCCUUAGAAAGUAUGAAGUGGCGUUAGGGGUCGAUAAACCGUUCAGUGACCCAACUUUAUGGUGAAAUGUAGUGAAUCAAAAAGUUAGCCAUGGGGGUACUUACGUGGUGAGUAACUUUUUGUCUAGGCUUGUUGCUCAGUACGUCAUAGUUUUACCACCGUACAUUAAUAUAUACACGUUAAUACAUUUUAUGAUUUAAGUAAUGUAAUUGUGGCAGGUUUUCAAUUUUUUGUUUAUCCUCCAUCCCCCUUUCCCUUCUCUAAGUGAGCAUAUCGAAUGGCGAGCUGCCAAGCUGUUUGUUUUUCACUCUGACGUUUUCAGCUCUUUCUUAGUUUUUGUCAAGUAAAAGACUGUUUUGUAUUUGGUAGUAUCUGUUUCCUGUCCUACUGCUAAUGCUCAUAAAACAAUUGAUACAGGAGGAAGAUGUGGAUUUCCUGGCCAGAUUCUCCAAGCUUGUCAAUGGAAUGGGGCAGUCUCUCAUCAUUAGCUGGACUAAGCUGGUAAAAUCUGGUGAUAUGAAGAAUGCUCAGGAUACCCUGCACUCUAUCGAAUCCAAAGUGCCUCUGAUGUUACAGUUACUCGUCCAUGAAGAUGACGACAUCUCUUCCAACAUUAUUGGCUUUUGUUAUGAAUAUUUACACAUCCUAAAACAGGUGGGAAAAGUGGCAUGGAUUGCACACAAGGAUAAAAAAAAAAACCCACAACAUAUAUGACUACAUAAGACCAGUGAAUAUAUGAAAAUCUGUAUCUUUCUGUUGCUUUGGUGGCUUCAGUCCAUAAAGCUUAAUGUUUUUGAUGUGCUAAAACUAGGGACAGUGUAUGGGUCAUAACCCCCCACCACCCUAAGAGCCAAAUGCCUGACCUCUUCAAUAAGUAUUUUGCUUAUCUGGCUCGCUCUCAGUUGCCAACAAGUGGUUCCAGCUUUGGAAAACUCUCAAUAUGUUGAGCAGUGUACUUGCUUCCCCCUUUAAGCUUUAAUUAUGCCAGAGAAAAAAUAUCUUAUUUUACUGUCUGGGUAGAUGGGUACAGCACUACGGAAUUUGCUGGCGCUAUAUAAAUAGGUAAAACAUUAUGUAGAACUGCCUGAUUUAAAAAAAAUAAAAUAAAAAAAAUUCUGGACUUUAUUCCACAGUACAUUGUGGCCAUUUCUGAUCCUGUUGCUUUGGCACUGCUAUUUAUACAGAUAUGACUAAUGUGUUUUCAGCUCAAUGUGAACAUGUGUUCUUACUAAUUCACUGAAAGCUAUAAGUGUCCUUAGGGAAGGUAGAACGUAAGCUAAUCAACGGAAUGACUGUUAGAUUUUUAAACCUAAACAGUCAUUCAUUCUAGGACGAGAAAAGGGGCGUAUUGUAUCCUUCAUACAUACAUUUUGAGAUGCAAGGAAUUUUUUGUGUAUGUAUAUUUGUAUAUCUGUGCGUAAAAUAUAAUUUUAUUAACAAAUAUGAGUCUGAGAUAUAUUUAUUUCAUGCAGAGUUAAUUGUAAAUUAACAUGGAAAAUGUGUCCUAUUUACAGCUUGCCUUGCUUUCUGACCAGCAGAAGAUAAACAUAGAGGUAAAAUAUUCCUUCAUUGCCCUGUACCCCUUUGUGUUUAUUAUAUAGUAAUAUGCCUUAUCUCGUGCAUAUUUGUCUUGGUGUUGGGGAGAGAAUGGGUUGUGGAUAUUUUUGAUUGCCCUGGACUGUGUUUUUAAGACUGUUUUAUUCACAUUCCUACUGAUUGUGAUCUUUUCUAUGUAUGGAUGACCUCAUUCUGUUUACUGAUACAGAUGUUGAAAUUCAAGGCUUGAUCUCUGUCACCAAACAUUCCCAGCGCUCCACCCAUACAUUAAUUACUGACUGUUAUAGUCUUGUUAAAUAAAUCUGAAGCACCCUUUGACAAUUGCUCUCUACUAUGCUUCAGCCUAUUUAUGUCUGUGUGCCUAAUACAGAGUCCUUUUAGUUGGUGCUAAUCUGCAGUUUCACAGAGUAUCCACACUUGUCCUUAGUCAAAUGGUAAUACAAAACAUAUGUAAGAAUGCUGGGAGUAGGGCCUCCUAAACCACUGCAUUAAUAAACAAAUAGUAAUUAUUUAUUUGGUUUCUCGUAUUUGAAUCAAUUUGGAAUAUUCUGGAUAGGAAUCCUAAUAAAUGCAAGUCCUGCCUCUUCAUUCUUUUCAAAUAAGUAGUGUGAUGAAUGUGCAAAUAAUUAUAUGUACACUAGUCAUUGGUAACUUUACUAGGUAUACCUGUUCAUUAACACAAAACUGAUUAAAUAGUGUCUGCAAUGCAAGAUACAAAACCUGGUCAAGGUGUUUAUCAACUUUAUCAAUCAGAAGACUGUAUGAUGCAAAAUAUACAUUGUUUGUACCGGAAGUAGUAGUUUCAGCAUUUCCAAAAUAGUUUUCAAUAACUGCAAUAAUUACAGUUGCAGUGUUAAAGGGACAGGGGCACACAGAUCACUUUAAUGAGAUGAAGUGUUAUGGGUGCCUAUAGUGUCCAUUUAAUUCAGCAUGGGCCAAAAUCUCAACAAAAGAUUGUUUUUACAAGUAUUCUAUUGCUACUUAUAUUUUCCUGUGCUUAAUGUUGUUUUAUUUUUUUCAAUACUGUAGGCGAUCAUGCUCGCUGUAAUGAAAAAGCUAACAUAUGAUGAAGAAUAUAAUUUUGAAAAUGAGGUAAGUUAAGAAAUCCUCUAAAAUUAAAACUGUAUAAUUUUAAAACAGUUAAGUGAAGUAAAAGUCCCGAGUGGAGCCGAAUGCGCAUGCGUGACCAGAGGCGCGAGCAUUCAAACCCGCCCAUAGGAAAGUAUUACUCUGUGCUUUCCUAUGGGGAUCUUAUUUGACGCUGGACUCCAUGAGGACGUCCAGCGUCAGAUAAGUGUAAAGUGUAGUUACUUAGUGUUAAUCGCGGAAGCCACUAGAUGCUGGAUUAACCAUGCAAUUUAAGAAUAGCAGUUUCUUUGAAAGGGACCGGGCACCCAGACCACUUAAUUGAGCUGAAGUGGUCUGGGUGCCAAUUGGGUUUCCUUUAAUGCUAGCACAAAGCAGACUGAAAACCGUGAUAGUUGUGUGUCUAUUUGUGUCUCAAUAUUUUUGUUCCUUACAAAAAUUGUAUAUAUUUGUGAUGAUACAAAUUAUCACCAUGACCAACUUUUUAACAAAAUGAUGCUUUUAUUUCAGAAACUAUCUAUUACACUGACUUUUUUAAAUGUUAUUGUUUUCAGGGUGAAGAUGAAGCAAUGUUUGUAGAAUAUAGGAAACAGUUGAAGCUGUUGCUGGAUCGUCUAGCUCAAGUCUCACCAGAGUUAUUGCUGGCUUCCGUUCGUAGAAUUUUUAAUAGUACACUACAGUAAGUUACAAUGAUUGUCCUAGUAGAAAGUCCUGGUUGGUCCUUAUCUUCCUACAGUAAUUUGUGGAGAGCUCAGUGGCAUUUUUUUCUGUUUGUUUUUAUUAUUAUUAUUAUUAUUAUAAGCUAAAAUUUCUGUUAUGAGUUUGAAGUUUAUUUCAAAAGUCAAAUAUUCUACCGUACAUUUGACAGCAGUCUGUUUGACCUUUUAUGGAUGUUCUGGAGAUGUUAAACCUCUGUAACAUCUUAACAAGAGUCCGAGAUAAAGUUUAAUACCUUGUUUAGAUAACUAGUCACCCUAAAUUAAGUGGUCUGGAUGCAGCGGCUCUGUAUGUUUAACCUUUCAGUUUGCUGUUUAUCAGAAAGAGUAAUGUUUACCUUGAAGGGUUAAACACAUACAUGACCACCACUAGAGGUACUUCUGCACUGACCAAAUAAAACUCAAUGCUGAAUUCAGUGCUUUCCUAUGAGAAGCAUUGAAUGGGCGCAUGGCGCUCGCUGCUUAUGCACAUCAGAUCCUCAAUGCUCCUCCGAGGAGCAUAGGAUUGAAUGAUCAACGAGAAAGCCAUGCUUCCUUGAGGAUGGGAGGUAUACAGCAUCAAUGGAGUCUCGGCACUAGAAAAGGUGAGUAAAACCUGUAUUUACUAAUUAUUUUUGCAUGUGGUUGGGGGGUUAUAUCUAGGUGCAGGGGCAUUGUAGCAUUAGGAAUACAGGUUAGUAUUACUAGCGUUAGUGUUUCUUUAACCUGCAAGGGAAAAUGUUUCUCCGUUUAGUCGUGCAUUUGCGGAAUUUUAUGUUGCAUAUAAAUGUUGGUGUAAGAUUUAGUUCCAAAUACAAUGUCUUGUCUGUGUAUAUAAUGCAUACAAAGGGAAUGGGAAGCGGGUUGGGAUCACUGGUGGAGAGCAUGUAAUAAGAUGGUGCAGAUAAAACAGAAGUGAACUGGAAUAAGUUGAUAUACCCAAGAAGGCGGUUGAAAUUGUUUUGGGUAAAGGGAAAAAAGGGGGGAAACAAUGUAGGAAUGAACAAGUGCAUCUAUUUCUGUUAAGGGGCUGGCAGACGGCGCCAUUUAUGGAAGUGGAAGUGGCCAUCAGACUGGUAUACAUGUUGGGCGAGGCAAUCCCAGCAUCGCAUGGUGCUCAUUUCUGUGGUGACUUUACUAAAGCAAGCGCUUUACAAGACAUGAUGAGAACGGUGAGUCAUGUGCUAUUCUUUGAACUAAAUUAAGUUUUAAAUGGACUCCAGUGGAUUCCUAAAAAAAGUCACAUUUUAAUCUAAUAUUUUCAUCUAUGCAUUCCACUUGACAUAAUUGCUUGGGAUGUAUUUAGAAAUACUCUUUUAAAUUUGAUUAAGUAAUUAAACAUUUAUUAUAUUUUUUUUUUUCAAUAUUCGUUAAUAUAGUGGAUAGCAGUCCAAUUAACGAAUUUUAUAAUGUUAUUAGUAGUAGGUAAAAUGUGAACUGUAAUGCAAUGUAUUAGAAUUUCUUGUAUAAAUUCAUUUUAAACCAAUACACUUACAAAUUGUCAAAAUAAGACCAGUUUCUACUGAAGAGUAGGGAUUGGAGAUGGGAGCACUGAUUCACUAUAUUUUAAAGGUUGCAGCAAUACCAAUCCGCACAUCAAGUAUAUCUGUGGUUAUCUCUAUUAACACUCUAUGUUUCUCUUCCAGCUGGUGACAUCUGGAGUGAGUUCAUACAAUCAUACCUCUGUUACAUUAGAAUACUUUGAAACUGUGGUUCGGUAUGAAAAGUUCUUUGCGGUUGAGCCCGUUCACAUUCCUGAUGUUCUGGUAGGUGAUUUCAUAGUUAUUUUCCACAAAUUCAAUUUAACUUGGAUUGCAAUGCUUAAUUUUCAUCACAAAAUGAUUUAGCUUAUAUGCAAGUGUUUUCUGUCUAAUAAUUUUCUGGGACUACAAGUACACUUUUCUGGGACUAUAAGUACCCUUCUAUUGCUCUGAACUCUGUCCAUACCCGUUAAUGUUUAAAAAAAAAAAGUUAAGUUUGUUCAAAUUUACUUACCUUCUUUCCAGCAUGGAGAAAACCCCACUGCAGAAGCAUUGGGGGCGCAAUACACAUGUGCGGUGAAAUGCCAUGUUCGUCCAAUCAAAUGCUUUCUAUGAGCAGCAUUUGACUUAAAGGGCUACUAGAGUCCUAGGAAUAUAAAGCUGUAUUCCUAGCACUAUUGCUGCAAUGCUUUCUUAUGGUGAUUGACCUCUCUAAAGGCAGUCUUAGUCGUGCAAUGUAAUUAUUGCAGUUUCCCAGAAACUGCAACAAUUAACAUAGCAGGGCUAAGGAGGAGAUGAAUGCUGCAACCAGACCAUUUCAGUGAGCUGUAAUGGUCUGGGUGCUUAUAGUGUUCAUUUAAGAACAGUCUGACUACGUUCUCACAGGGGUUCCUCUAGUGGCUGUCAAGAAAACACACUUGUGAUUUUAUUAAACCCUGCAGUGAAAAUAUUGCAGUGUUAAAAUGACUGGGGCACUGCACCCAGACCACGUAAUUGUAAUGAAGUGACCGGGGAGCCUAAAUUGAUCCAUUAAGCUGUUUUUAUAUGAUCUGGAAUUAACAAUUUUUUCUUGUGACUUUUCCUUUUUAAAAAUUAAAUAAUAAAUCAGGCUGAUUCAUGCUGAUUCAUGAAAUAGGUGUCUUAUUUGAGGUUUAGUUGUUUUUCCAUCGUUGAUACGGUGCUGGCAUUAGGGUUUCCAAGUCUUGUUUUAAUGUAAUCUUCGAGGUGCAUGAAUUAGAGCUUCCAGAAAUAAACAUUUUAAUUUACAUUUUGCACCUACUGUAUUUAUGUAUGUAUGUAAAUGUAUACAGAUUUUAAAAAGUAAUUUGUUUCAGAUGGCAUUCUUGGAUCACCGAGGCCUGCGGCAUCCUAGUCCCAAAGUUCGCAGUCGAACAUCGUACCUCUUUUCAAGAUUCGUAAAGUCUCUUCAGUAAGUACAGAAUUUGUUGGGAAACAGCAUGAAGCCAUGAGUCUGCAUUGGAAUUUUAGUAAUUCAUCUGUGUGGAUUAGAAGCUAAUGAGAUAAACUGUAAAUCUCUGCAGCUAUAUUAAACUGACUUAAGGUUUAUAGUGGAGCUAUAACAAAUGUAGUUUAUAUAGUGAUGAAAUUUUUGUGUUUAGGAUAAAAGCUACCAAGCCUCACAUUACAUGUGUUUUAGUUUUGUUUUGUUUACUAUUUUGUGUUGAAUGGAGUUUCUAUAAAUAUUUUCAUUUAAAAAAAUUUACACGGACCACUAAGCAAUAGCCUGUAGUUGAUAGAUGCAUGAGAAAUAAAAACAAAAAGGCUAAAUACAAGCAGAAUUCUCUAAAUGCUCUCAUACAUGCACAAGGGAUAAUUGACGCCUCUGACAUUAAAGGGACACUGUAGGCACCCAGACCACUUCAGCUCAUUGAAGUGGUCUUGGUGCUGUCUUUUUUGCACUUAGUGCUGCAAUGUAAAACAUUGCAGUUUCAGAGAAUUUGGAUUUCCGGAAUCCAAAUGGACUUUUGGUCCGUUAUCAGAUUUUCCCCAUAGGAAAGCAUGGUCAUUAGGUCUCCCCUGCCGGCUUACGUUGGCGGAGGAGAAGCGUGGGCAGAGCCUGAUCCAGUGCAGAGGAACAUCGGUGCUGAAUUCAGGUAAGUGGUUAAAGGGGUUUGCCCCUUCAGCCCCAUGGGAGGGGGGGCACGAGGGAGGGAGGCACUCCAGGAGCCUAUAGUGCCAGGAAAAUGGUUUUGUUUUCCUGGCACUAUAGGAUGCCUUUAAUAAGCAGUAGAGGGGCAGAGCGAUCAGCACACCAUAAGUUGAUAUAGUGCCCAAGAUGUCCAUUUAAUGUUUUGAAGGAAUAGAACUCUUGUUCACUUCUUGAUAAUUGUUUUGCAUACAUGAACUAUAGAAAUGCAUCAUUUUAGAAAUAGUAUAAAUCUGUAUUAAUGACCCUUAGGUUAGAAGAGUUUAUUUAAACCACAUUUGUCAUCCAUUUAUUGUGUUAAUGGCACGUUCGCAUUCCGAUACAUCAUUUUUAUCAGAUGUUCUCUUCCUCCAUAAGGGAGUUGUGCAGAUGCACACAAAGGUGCCAAAUCCAAAAUAUGCAUUCAGCAUCCUAAUACUCCUAGUAUGUGAAUUACAUUAGGGGGUUAUGGUAUGCCUGCAGGUAGGCUGCUUCUCCCACAGUGGCUCUUGACCUCUAGGUUUGUGAACAUAUAACACCAUUAAAUGAUUCCUCUACAUUUGCCUGUGGGUGGCUAACACAAUGUAUAGAUUAAGUAUUAUGCUCAUUAAAGGGAUGUCAAGUUCUGUUUGUCGUGCUGGCUGCGGUUUUAAACUUGGCUCUUUUAUUCUAACCGAUCUAUAGUGUUUUAAUCUCAGAAGUACAAUUAGGGAUUAUUCUAGCCUCGGUGAGGGAAUAAUCUAAAUUUUAUUAAAGACAGGAGGCGAAUAUUUGCUUUACCUUCUUUACUGAAACCUCCAGCAGCAAAGAAACAGUUAACAAAACUUUUCAAAACAACCAAUCAGAACAAAGCAACAGUAGUAUAAAACCCCUAAGCAGGCUCUUCCACUUCCUCUUUCUUUGAUGAGGUCGAGCAGGAGAGCAAGGAAACCAACGAAUCCACCUUGUAGCAGACACAUCCAGAGAAACAAUCGUCAAGCCCAGAGAGAGAACAGAUUACACUGCAAGAAAACAGAAAACAUUGUGAAAGUAAACUGUCAAGGCAAGAUGUCAUAUCCAUACAAUAUCACUUUCACAUCAUAAUACCUGAUGAAUAAACAAAGUCUACAGAUCUUAUGAAGACCUAGUAUGUACCUAAGCUAAAAAGGCAUUGACGAAACAUAAUUACAACACAAACAUGAUGAAUAAAACGCACACGGACAACCAUCACUGAAUAUUAGAAAUAACCUUUAUUAUGUAAAACCAUGCAUUCACAAAACAUAACGAUAUCCCCAAUUAUUUAUAAUAGAAUAAAACCCAGAUCCAGGGAGGGAACGUAAAAAAGGGGGGGAAAUAUUCGCCUCCUGUCUUUAAUAAAAUUUAGAUUAUUCCCUCACCGAGGCUAGAAUAAUCCCUAAUUUUAUGGCAGGACAGGAGGCUUCAUAUUUGCAAUUUUAACGCCCAAAUAGUAGAACCAGAAGCAAUAUGAGAGAGGACUGAAAUAAAGGAGAAUGGAAAAACUGAUUCCCUAAACCAAGCAGCGGUGUAGAGAAAAGGCAGAAGGGACCCAACGGCUUCCAAAAUUGUUGAGGUGACACCACCCCGAACCAAAAGUGUCCCAGAGGAACUCAAGGUCAGUCAAUGAGAGGAUCCACCAAAUCCAACGGGCGAGCGAAGAUGCAGAAACAGUCCAAAACGGCCGUACGCAGAAAUAAACAGCUGUCCAUGAGUAGACGGACGAAAGAACCAGAUCCUGGAUCUACAUGGUCGUGUACAAUCUGUCAGAGCCAUGGCCUAUCCGGAGAAUAGGGGUACGACACAGAGGACGAAUAAAAAUGAAAUAUGUGUGGAGCAGAAGCCGAUGUACUGAACGGCAAGAAGGAAGAAGACACGUCGAUACCAUGACGUCAGAACACGAUGAAAUACAAGAUGUACUGGGGGGAAACCGUAAGCGGGAAAAAAUGGUGCACCUUGUCAUCAGGUCAUUCCUCAAUGAAAUGCAGAACAUACGAUACCACUAGACUUGAGGAAUAGUGAGAGAUAGGGCUCCCGUACGGUAUACUCCUCUUGGUAGACUGCAGACCAAGAGAUCCUUAGCAAUGCCAGAAUCUUGAGAAAAUGCACAUGAGUCGUCCACUAGCUGACAUAGGACGUGAAUGGCCCCAUACGAUUCUACCCUGAGAGGGCAACUCAGCCAGACAAUGGGGACAGCCAUGAUAAGGACCGCCAUUGGGACCCAAACACCAGUCGUGGCAGGCUACCCCUGUGGAUCCCACAUGGGACAUUAAGAGACAGGGAGUCGUAGAUUGCCUUCCCAUGGCAAACUCCAGCAAAAAGGGGAAAGCACGCAGGACUCCUCCAAAGUGGUUUGGCCAGGCGAAACGACACACCAGGAAUUCGGCCUGAAGCAAAACCCAAAGUAUCCUGUAGGUAAACGGGAUGCGUACGCCCCGAAGGAGACCAAGCUUGGAAAACUCGUCCCUCGCCUCGCUGAGGGAGAACCGCUCCGUAUGGCGGUUUGCACCGAAUGUAAUCAUGCCAGUACUCGAGACCCUGGAGGGUGAGGCAACCAAUCAUUUGGGUCUCUCCAUGGUCGGGUGAAGCCGUCCGCCACACGAGUGUCUCGUCCCGUAUACAUUCUGUCACAAAUGACGAAUACUUGUCCAGAAGCUAUAGAUAGCGAUCCUAUGUGAGAUCCGACUGCAGUCCGUAGUGGGCAACCGGUGAGAAGUCCAUGCCAGAAGGUAGCGAGCAAUACUGUGAAUGUUGAACAAACCUGCAGGUGGUUCCAUGCAGUUGGCGUAAAGGAGUCCCUCCUCCGGAAUCAUCAAUUAAGUUUUAGAUGAGCUUCAUCCGAAGGUCACAUGAUUUGGUCAUACCAGGCCGAAGACCCGAGAAAGCGCCAUGUUGGAGCGGCUGAUAGUACCGGAUCCUGGAGGUAUGGCUUCCAUGGCGAAUAGGCACCGGUCAAUUAACCGGUUUGGGCCCCUAAGUGUAACCCGCGGGUUGCGGAGCAUAUACCUGGUAUUUUCCUUGAAGAUGGACAUCUUGGUCCUCGGGAGGCGGAGCACCGCCUGGACCGAAUAUUCCAUGAAAGACCGGAAACUGGGUUGACUGGGAGUGAGUCAGAUUCAAUAUGUCCAUGUUGAUGGCAAAAUCCAUGCGGGUUUCUCUCAUGUGCAUUUGAGGGAGAGAACCAAUCGUCAACGCCAAGCAGCUCUCAGAGGGGAUGAGUGCCCUCCGUCUCAAAAUGUGUCAACAGACGACAUAUGCACUGGGAGCAUGUAGCGUGGGGAUUGGGCGGGAGUCCACUCCACCGCACCCUUUGCCCAGCAGGGCAACUGCGGAAUUAGUCGGAAUGGAUGCCUCUUUUGGUCAUGCAUAUCGCUCAUGGAACGGUCCAAGGUUCCGCAACCUUGAUCUGGAGUCCAGGCACGGUCCGAGAGACCUCUGGGGUUAGUUAAGGGGGAACCCUAUGAAUAGAGACGUGUCAGCUCAAUUUGUACACUAGGGUAACUCCGGAGAGCAGACCCAGCACUUGGAUGCUAAAUCCUUCAGUUUGAUGUCCAGCUUGGACAGGGGCCGUUUUGCGGUUCUCAGGGGUAGAAACCAACUAGGCAAUACUUAUAAGACAUAUCGGUCCAUUCCCAGUGGGAACUUAGUCUUCUCCGCUUUCCAAGCGGUAAUGCGCCGUUCGUCCCGAGGAAACAUCUGUGUCCACGUGUCACCGACAUCCACUGGUUAGUCCCAGAUAGAGUGCAAACCCCGUGUCAGGUGUUUGCGGUGUCCUUUCCGGACUCCAUCAUGAAGACUGAUCCUCUUGAUGAAUCCACCCGUUAGCCAACGAGUACCAGGGGUGCUUGGUGUAGCGUCUAGGAUGGCCGGUGGAGUGUCCCCGUAGGGUACCGAUGGUUUCUGGCGGUGAGGUCAGCGGGGCGGCAAGAGGACAGGCCAAGUGACCUUCUGGGUACGGGAGAUUUGUCCUUCAGCCGUGAUUGCACAACUGCCAUAGAGGUAACACUGUCGGAAUGAUACCUUGUGCGGCCAGCUGGGGGUCACCCAGCGUGCAAGAGGGGGUCACCCAACAAGCACAAGCAUACCAUGCAGUAUAGGCCUGCAGGGGAGGGGGUCACCCUCAGUCUGAUCAUAAUCGGACACUGUAGGUACAGUGGUGCGGCCAGCUGGGGGUCACCCAGCGUGCAAGAGGGGGUCACCCAACAAGCACAAGCAUACCAUGCAGUAUAGGCCUGCAGGGGAGGGGGUCACCCUCAGUCUGAUCAUAAUCGGACACUGUAGGUACAGUGGUGCGGCCAGCUGGGGGUCACCCAGCGUGCAAGAGGGGGUCACCCAACAAGCACAAGCAUACCAUGCAGUAUAGGCCAGCAGGGGAGGGGGUCACCCUCAGUCUGAACAUAAAUCGGACACUGUAGGUACAGUAGUGCCAUAGUGGUUAGCCGUAUAAUAAAGUAACCAGACAUUGCCGGUCCAGCAGUGUAGACAGCAGGAGGGGGUCACCCUCAUAUAACCAGAACCGGGCAUUGCAGAUCCAGCAGUGCUGUAGGUAAGAGGGGGUCACCCUCAGUGUGUUAUCAUAGAGGUCUGUACACCCAGCAGUAUAGUCAGCGAGAGGGGGUCACCCUCAUUAUGCUUAUAACGGGACCCUGUAGGUCCAGCAGAGUAGUCCACAGGAGGGGGUCACCCUCAGUAUCUGCGUAUUGCCGGGCACUGUAAGAACAGAAGCUCAAUCAGUGGGAGGGGUACCCUCUUUUAUGGGAAUACCCGGACGCUGCAAGUCCAGCAGUGCAGACUGCAGGAGGGGUACCCCCUCGGUAUGAUAAUAGCAGGACAUUGCCGGAGCAUUAAUAUAGGAAGCAGGAGGGGGUCACCCUCAGCAUUAAUCUUACAGGACGCCAUAGAGCCAGCAGGGUACUCAUAGGUAGCCAUGUUGCCAGAGGGAGGGGGUCACCCAGCCCACAAUGGUGUCACACGUCCAUUAUUAUGGUCCAGUAGCGGGUAGAGCCCCAGAAAUAUGGAUGGGGAGGAUGGGGUCACCCCCCCAGUAAUAACAGGUCUGAAUGUGGGGCCAGUAGCCCCCCUGAGGGGUAGGAGGGUCCAUAAAGCGAGAAGCUGACUCACAGACCACUCAGGUAUUAUAUUAGGAUACACUUUUGAAGUGUAUGUGUAGUGGAAAAUGUAAGUCCUUUGCAGGAAGGGCAGCAAAUCCUAGGCAGGGAUGCUAGGUGCUGAAAAACAGGCCAUUAAAUUUUUAUGAGAAAAAGACUGAACCUUAGAGAAAGACUUGAUUAGCAUAUAACACAUGUGGCAUAGUCUUGUUAAACAAAGAUUUAUAUUUGAGCAGUAACAUGUCCCUUUAAAUCUGAGAUUCACAUGUAAUAGUAAAAAAGUGUGACAAGUCUACUGCUAAGAUAGAGAACCUAGUCACAUUGCAUCAGACAUAGUAAGCUGCAGUUGUGAGCAUGCCUGGGACAGAUCCUGCUAUCCAGGAUCUGUUACAUAUGCAGCAUGUGAGACAGGCACAGUAAGUAGAGGGAUAGCUGAAAAACUGGGCUAUCUCCCCUGAUAUAGGGAGAGGGGAGGGUGGCCACAUGGCCAGCAGGCCAGUUCUUGGGUGAGACCUGGCUGUUUGCAACGCACAGAGUCCAUGUGGCUCUGAAAAAUGGCCGCCGCGGCUCCAACAAAAUGGCUGCUGUGGCUGCAAAAACAGAGCGCGGCCUACCGCGUGGUGAUCGUGCCACGGUAGAAAAAAGCUGCUCAGUAAGCGGCCAGGGGCCACGGGGAGCAGGUGGGCAAUAAGGGAGAAGGGUAUGGGCGACAGAGCCCAGCAGGGGAACCCGGGGAGGGGGAACAGAUUACAGGCAGAGCCAAAGCAUCAUAGCAGGGGCACCCAUUCCCCAUACAGCAGAGUGAGAAAACAGAAUAAAGUAACCCAGAAUAACAAUAAAUCAAUGAGCAGUAUACAGAAUCUAUCAGAUAAAUAGCCUAAAUACAGCAACAGAUGUUAACAAGUGAUACAGCAGCUACAUAGCAUGAAGUGGUAUAGGAAAUAACACAGAAUAAACUGCCUAGCUAAACACAGCAAUAGACUGCCUAGAUAAACACAGCAAUAGACUGCCUAGAUAAACACAGCAAUAGACUGCCUAGAUAAACACAGCAAUAGACUGCCUAGGUAAACACAGCAAUAGACUGCCUAGCUAAACACAGCCAUAGACUGCCUAGCUAAACCCAGCAAUAGACUGCCUAAAUAAAACUAGCAAUUAAGCUGCUUAAACAAACCUAACAAAUAGACUGAUUAAAUAGACUGUUUGAAUAAACAAGCAGCAUGUAGAAUAAAACAACAACCAAGAGCAGAGACAACUCUGAGUUGGUGAGUGCUCACCUGGAGGCAGCAGCAAAGAAAGAGGAAGUGGAAGAGCCUGCUUAGGGGUUUUAUACUACUGUUGCUUUGUUCUGAUUGGUUGUUUUGAAAAGUUUUGUUAACUGUUUCUUUGCUGCUGGAGGUUUCAGUAAAGAAGGUAAAGCAAAUAUGAAGCCUCCUGUCCUGCCAUAAAAUUUGCAAUAUAUACUAGAUGUUUAUAAUGUAUAUCUGAACAUGUUCUCUUUCCACCUAGUAAACAAAUGAAUGCAUUUGUUGAAGACAUUCUAAAUAGGAUACAAGAUCUACUUGAGUUGUCUCCACCAGUAAGUGACUUUUGGAUUAGAAAUAUAAAAGCAUGGUUGUACACUGUUUUCUUUUUAUUGCUUUUAUUUUGUUUUGCAUGUGCAUAAGCUCCACAAUUAUUUAUUUUUAUUGACUGUGUACGAGAUCCAUAGAGUUGGGAGAUGUAAAAUGUAGACUACCUUAAACAAGGCUAGCAUUCUCUGGUAUUUAUUUUAAAAAAAAAAGUUUUUUAGAACUGUACUUUUUUUUAACAAAACAUAUACUGACUGUGAAACAUAAAUAUUGUUUUCUUCAUUAAAAGAUCACAAACAUACAUGCGUUGUUUCUUUGCGUUUUAGUUCUUCGUUAUUUUGUUUUAUAGCUUACUCUUUUAAAUAUUCUUCCAGGAGAAUGGUUUUCAGACCUUGCUGAGCAGCGAUGACCAGCUUUUCAUAUAUGAAACGGCAGGAGUCCUGAUUGUGAAUAGUGAUUACUCAGGAGAGCGGAAAAGUAUUUUAAUGAGAAAUCUGUUGACUCCAUUAAUGCAGAAGUUUAAAAUUCUGUUAGGGAAAUUGAUGAUGGAGCAAGAUGAAGAGCGACAGUCAGUAUUGGCGGAUUGCCUUAAUCAUGCAGUGGGUUUUACAAGGUAGGUAGAACCAGCUCAGGAAAUUUUCUGUGAAUGUAAAACAAAAACUAUUACGGUGAUAACUUUACAUGUUCAGGUGGAAACUUUUUUUUGUUGUGGGGACAUGAUUUUUUUGAGUUCUUGUUUAUAUAUAUAUAUAUAUAUAUAUAUAUAUAUAUAUAUAUAUAUAUAUAUAUAUAUAUAUAUAUAUAUAUAUAUAUAUAUAUAUAUAUAUAUAUUCUAUCAAAAAUCAGGAUGCACUCACAGGACUUAGUUAAAGUGAAAAAAAGACUUUUAAUUAUUCCAUGUGAAAUGUACAGAAAAAUCAAUCGACGUUUCGACCCUGACGGGUCUUUUUCAAGAUCAAAAAGACCCGUCAGGGUCGAAACGUCGAUUGAUUUUUCUGUACAUUUCACAUGGAAUAAUUAAAAGUCUUUUUUUCACUUUAACUAAGUCCUGUGAGUGCAUCCUGAUUUUUGAUUUCUGCAUAUUUUUGGCGCAUAGGAUAUAGCACCCAGGCCAUAAGUCUUCAUUUACCAUUUAAAGGAGAGUGCCAAGCAUCUAUUUUGUUGUUAUAUAUAUAUAUAUAUAUAUAUAUAUAUAUAUAUAUCCACAUAGCAAAGGUGACCAGCACUCACGGAUUCAUUAUUAAGUUAAAACAUCCAAAGUUUAAUGAAAAAUAAAAAAGAUUGUUGACAGCUCAACGUUUCAGUCCUCCUCUGGGACUUGCAUCAGGAACAACAAUGAUUUCUCACAAUACCCAUCCAUAAAUAGGUAGGGCAAUUAACAUAAUUAGUAAUUAGAGAAAUUAGCAUAAUUUUAAACUACAUUCCAGGAAUUAACAUCAACAAGUAUAUACAAAAAGAAAGUUCUACCUACCAGUGUAUAGCUGCACGAGCUGCCGGCGUCCCCAAAACUCCCGCGCGCAUGCCCGGCCAAGCUACGCCCUCCGGCGACGUGAUUAAACCACGCAUGUUGCCACGGCGGCCGGACACAAGACCGGUCCGUCGCGGCAGCAAAAUCAUGUGCAUCCGCUAAAAAAGCGGUAAAGUAUAAGGUGCUAAGAUGUGGUGAAUACAAGAAUCAUCGAUUCUAUCCGUCCUCAAAAGGGCGGUGUGUAUUAACAUAAGCCCCACCCGACAUCGGCACGGACACGCAACAUCCGUUGCCCAGGAGACCGGAACAAAUGCCGGGUCUCCGUGGCAACCAGGACGCCGGAAGCCGCCAUGCCGGGCGAAAAGCCCAAACAAUAAUAAAGUGAAAAUAUAAGUCGCUGGCCACUUGUAUUCACCACAUCUUAGUUUUGGGGACGCCGGCAGCUCGUGCAGCUGUACACUGGUAGGUAGAACUUUCUUUUUGUAUAUACUUGUUGAUGAUGUUAAUUCCUGGAAUGUAGUUUAUAAUUAUGCUAAUUUUUCUAAUUACUAAUUAUGUUAAUUGCCCUACCUAUUUAUGGAUGGGUAUUGUGAGAAAUCAUUGUUGUUCCUGAUGAAAGUCCCAGAGGAGGACUGAAACGUUGAGCUGUCAACAAUCUUUUUUAUUUUUCAUUAAACUUUGGAUGAGAGAGAGAGAGAGAGAGAGAGAGAGAGAGUUAUUUUUAUUUUUUUAAUGCUUUUUUUUUUUAUGGUGUAAUCCAUACAAUUGUGUUUACAUUUUGCUGAUUGUGGUGUAGUAGGACAGAGCUCAAAUUAUCCACUAGUGAUAAGCGAGAGGAGGAUCAGGUCUAGAGAAUGGAAAAUCGUCCCCUAGGAGUAUUUCAUAGAACUCUACUGCUGGUGUCUUGGGCAUUUGGAAGUUGAUUUUAACCAUAGUAUUGGCCUGCUGCAUGCUUUUGAGAUAGAUUUGCAGCUACAGAUCUUCCACCAUGAGAGUUUUCAUUUGAGAUUAACCCAUUUGCUGCCGGAGGUAUAACUCCACUUCCAGUAGUGUCAUUAAUUUUAUUUACUUUUCGUUUGCUCUUAAGGAAGCAUGUCAAACUUCUGGCCCUCAAUGAAUACCUUUGCAGCCCGGCGAGCCACGACUUUGCUUACCAAGGCAGAGUAGGCACCUGCUCUCCUUACAUUGUAGGUGCCUACUCUGAUAAAAAUUUACCUGGCCGGGGAGGAGAGGUCCCUCGUUGCUCCCUCACGCACGCCCUCUGUAGUGAUGCCGGGUGUCGGAAUAUGACGGCAUUCCGGCAUCACUAAACUGUGCAGGUGAGGAGCAGAAACACUGAGCUCUUCCCACUGUACCCUAGGGAGGGGCACCCACACCAGAACCCAAAAGUAGGGAGCAAUAAAGAAAAUGUUAGUGUGUGCAAGAAUGUGGAAGUGUGUCUGUCAGUGUGUGUGCUAGUCAGGCUGGACAGUGGAUGACCUGGAGGUACACGGAGGCAUGUAUAACGCUACGUCACAUUUCAACGUGCGUGCUCCACCUUCACAGGUUUUCAAGGAGUAGUGGGAGGAUCCGCUUUGGCACAGGGUGCAGACUAGGGAUCAACCGAUAAUCGGUCUGGCUGAUAUUAUUGGCCGAUAUUCAGAAUUUUCAGCAAUAUCGGUAUCUGCCUAUAAAGAUAUUGACGAUAAUGCAGACAGGGCAGUGGGGGCGGGGCUUAGCGUGCAGUGGGGCUAAAUGUGGCCCGAACUGGUAAGUGUGGGGUAAGCUAGAAGGAGCCCAUGCUCCCCAUCUACCGUAGUUCCCCUGCUCGCCUACCUACCCCAGUGCCCCUGCUCCGUGUCUACCCCAGUGCCCCUGCUCCGUGUCUACCCCAGUGCCAAAAAUAAAUAAAUUAAUAAUAAUAAACAUGUUAAGUUAAAGAACCACUCUAGGCACCCAGACCACUUCAGCUUAGUGAAGUGGUCUGGGUGCCAGGUCCAGCUAGGGUUAACCCAUUUUUUAAUAAACAUAGCAGUUUCAGAGAAACUGCUAUGUUUAUGAAUGGGUUAAGCCUUCCCCCUAAUCCUCUAGUAGCUGUCUCAUUGACAGCCACUAGAGGCGCUUGCGUGCUUCUCACUGUGAUUUUCACAGUGAGAGCACGCCAGCGUCCAUAGGAAAGCAUUGUAAAUGCUUUCCUAUGCGACCGGCUGAAUGUGCGCGCAGCUCUUGCCGCGCCUGUGCAUUCAGCCAGCGGGGAGGAACGGAGAAGGAGAGCUCUCCGCCCAGCGCUGGAAAAAGGUAAGUUUAAACCCCUUUCCCCUUUCCAGAGCCGGGCGGGAGGGGGACCCUGAGGGUGGGGGCACCCUCAGGGCACUAUAGUGCCAGGAAAAAGAGUAUGUUUUCCUGGCACUAUAGUGGUCCUUUAACAGUAGAUUUGUGUAGAAAUAGUUUAUUUUUUCAAAAUCGUAAAUGUACGGUAAGUUAUUGGCUAUCCGCCUGAAAGUUCACAGAUUAUCGGUAUCUGCUCUUAAAAAAACAAACAAAAAAAAAACAUAUCGGUCGAUCCCUAGUACGGACGGCGCCAUUGGGGGUAUACAAGAGGCUGGACUCCAGAGUCGCAUACUGGCAGCGGCAAUGUGAAUGGAGUCUGUUUGUUGGCUAAUAUUGUUUUGGUUUUUUUUGUUUGUUUUUUAUACAUGGGCCAGUUUUGGUAUAGAGAGGGGGCUGGGGUUUAGUAGAUGGGGGGUGCUGUUUUAUUUUUGGUUUGUUUUUGUUUGUUUUUUUUUAUAAUAUACUGUACUUUUCAAAAGAAACCUACUUUCUAUGAAAAUGAAAGGUUUUGGGUUUUUUUGCAGCCCACGUAAACAACCUUGUUUGUGUGCCCUGUGCUAGCCUUUGAGUUUGACAUGCUUGGAGUGGUUGAGUUACACAUGGAUAUUUAUAUUGGCAAGUAACUUUUUCGGUAGUGUGAGCCUAGUGCAGACUGUUAAAAUCUGUGUACAUGCUCGCUGUCAGUGCUAUGCAUAUCUGUUAUUGUGUAUUCAUUAAAUUUGCUUGCUCAUUUUUAUAGCCGUACAAGUAAAGCUUUCAGCAACAAACAGACUGUGAAACAGUGUGGAUGCUCUGGAGUUUACCUGGACUGCCUGCGAACAUUUCUGCCAGCUCUAAACUGCCCUGUUCAGAAAGAGCUCAUUAGAGGUGGUGUACGGACUUUUCUUCACCGCAUGAUAAUCUGCUUGGAGGAAGAAGUGCUUCCUUUCAUCCCUACUGCUUCUGAGCACAUGCUGAAAGACUGUGAGGCAAAGGAUCUGCAAGAAUUCAUUCCUUUAAUUAAUCAGAUUACUGCUAAAUUCAAGGUGUGUUUUUGUUUUUUUUUCUACAACUUACCCAUCCUAUCAACCACACUUGGGCAUUUUUAUAUGCAAUUCAAAUUUUUAUUGGGCUUUUUUUUCAUGGGAAAAGUGCAGAACAAAGAAAGUAUUUUUAAAAAAAAAUGGAGAAACAUUGAUCUAACAUCACACUGAUAAAUGUCUUGAAGGCUUAUGGCACAAAAAUGCAUUCUAUAUAUUUCCAUAUCAGGUGAGUUUGCUCAGUGGAGUCUACCCUAAUGUGCGGGGGAUAAACCUGAGUCGUGCAAAGACCUUUUAGUGCACAUAACCGGUGUGUUUUUUUUACCAUAUUUAAAAGGGCAGUCUAGACACUAUAAAUACUUAAAUAUGCAGUAGUAGUUAUAGUCCCAGGAGUCCUGAGGUGGUGUCAUACUGUUAAGAGUCACACCAUUUUUUAAUUGUUUGCUGGUGUCUGGGAGAUCCAGGUAAGUGUCAGUCUGGCUCCUCUUUACUUUAAUUGCUAAAGAAGAAGUUGCCCUUCCACGCUUGCAAUAUAAAAUUGUCUGCAUUUGGACAUAAGUCGUUGGCUGUAAAGCGUUAGCUGAAGCUCUCAGCCAAUGAAUUCCAUCCAGAAACAGAUUUGAUAUUGUAGUGCAUUAACGGGAACCUCCACUUUGACAAUAUCUGAGGGGCCAGAAAAGCAUAAUCACAAAUAAUGUAUAGCCCUACAUUUUAAGUUAAGACCUGUAAUGAUAAACCAUCCAGAGAACUCCUUAUAGAAAACCAAAUAGCACAGCUUAAUGAUGGUGUGGCAAAAAAAGUUAAUGCUCCUUUUUAAAAAAAAAAAAAAAUUCUAAAACAGAGACCUGUUAGUCUGUUAAGGUGCUUAACCCCUUAAGGACCAAACUUCUGGAAUGAAAGAGAAUCAUGACAUGUCAUGUGUCCUUAAGGGGUUAAAUGCGAGAUAUCACACCAAGUACAUUGCAGGCUACGAAUAAGUAAUAAAAAAAAAAAAAAAAAUGCACUACACAUAUAUUGCAGUGGGUUGUAGUUUCACUGAAUCCGUUAGUCUUGAGGAGAGUCAGUGUUGAUGCUCCCCUCUCCCAAUCCCCUCCCCUCAAACAAUACCUUCCUGGGAGAAAAGAUUGGUCCUGUGAUGUGUGUGUGUAUGUAAGAAGAAAAAAAAAUCACUCACAAGGUUUAAAAUAUCCACUAGCCAUUGGUGAGUUAAAAUGCAGAGUAGAAGUUUACCCCUGGUGAGUAUGCUACAACAUAGGAGUUUGAAUUUACAAAAAUUACAUUUAUAUAUAUGUGUGUUAAUUUAAAACUAUAAGCAAGAGUUCAACCAUCCAGUAUUGGCAUUGCCCCCAUAGAACACAGUGCAAGAGGUCUUAUGUCUCCAUACCAUCCUUCCUCAGUCAUGCAAAAUAUAGGCUUGGUGUGCAUAAAAAGUUUGAGUCCGCAAGCUUGUAAGGCAGACUCACUGGACCCAAGCUCCGAUGUAUGUAGUCAAAUUCUAAAAUGUUGUUUUGGAAACUUUCAAAUGUGUUUAUGGAAAAACAAAAAAAGUAUUUAUUGUGCUCACGUGUCUUAACUAUUCCUUCCUUAGGCACAAGUGUCUCCAUUUUUACAACAAGUUUUCAUGCCUCUUCUCCAUGCAAUAUUUGAGAUUUUAGUCCGUCCAGCAGAAGAAAACGACCAGUCUGCUGCUUUAGACAAACAAAUGUUACGAAGAAGUUACUUUGUUUUCCUUCAAACCGUUACUGGCAGUGGGAUGAAUGAGAUCAUUGCUAAUCAGGGUCAGUAGUGCUUACAGUCUGAAAUAUGUGUCUGUGUUAAAGGGUCACGAGAAUCACCAUAACAUAUGCUAAAUUAAUUUAUGGUGCCAGGGGGACUUUCUUGCCUUAAGGGGUUAAACGGUUUUCUGACACUUUAACCGCAAAGAUUUCCUCCAAUGCUGAUCUCCAGGAAUCCCAGGCGGCAUCUGGCUUUUGAAUCUGAGUUUCAGGGGGGCGUGGAGUGCCAUCGGUCAGGGUCCCCAUUUUUAUGAAUAAGGAGCUACUGAUUGCCUAGAUUGGUCAGCUGACGCUCUUAGCCAAUCAGUGGCGUCCCUGCCUAGCAGCACUCCGCACUUCCUGUAACUCAGAUUCAGAAGCUGGGUGCCACCUGGGGGAUCUGGAGAUUGGCGCUGGAGGCAACCUUUAAUGUUAAACUAUUCUAGAAUAAUGUAACCCCCUUAAGGUAAGAGUGUGUCCGGCGGCUUCCUGGCAGCAUAACAACUGCAUUUAGACGAGGUUAUGGUUACCGGCGUCAUUCUUUAAGGUUCUUCAAGGUUCACCUACCCCAAACAUUCCAAUAUCUUUGUGUGUGUGUGUGUGUGUGUAUGUGUAUAUAUAUAUAUAUAUAUAUUUGUUGCAAAAAAAAUAUCAUUUUUGAUUCUGUUAAAUUUGCUAGUUAUUUAGUUUUUAUAUUUUAUUUUAGAUGUACCGUGGUGUUGUUCCCCAAUAAGGUGACAGACGAUUUUGCAAUAGCUCUCCACUACCUGUGUUCCUCGGGCGCUGAGCUUUACUGAAUGAUGUCUUGGCCACAUCCAGUCUCUGUAGUGCUGCUAACGUAGGGUGGUAAUACUGGCAGUGGGAGUUAUAGUCUGUAAUAAUAAACAUGUAACCAUUUGGGAUGGUUCAGUUGUUUACGCAGUGUACAGAGCUGGAGUUACCCCUUUGGCAGCAACAUGAAAUAUGUGCAGUGUUUCAUAACUGAAAUGCUGCCUAUACAGAGUCCAUGCACCAUGAAAAUUUCAAUACCAUGAAAUCGUAAAAACAAAAUUAAUAUAAGAGAAUAAGAAAGGCUGUCGGUUUGUUGGAAAAAUAGCAAAUACCUUUUUAAGUAGUCCCUCCUUUAUCUUAUGGUUUCUUUUGACUGAGUUGGAAUUUUAGUGAAAUUCAAACAUAGUCUUUAUAGGCGUUUCACUAAGAUUUUAACUUUUGACAUGCUAAAAAAAAAAAAACAUUUUUGGGGGGAGAGUGUCACAUGAUAAAAGUUAAUGCAGGUUAUCUGAUUUUCAAUGUUUUGUGUUAUUUUAACAGAGGUGUCAGUUCAAGAUCAUUUUAACUAUUUUUCUGCCGUUUUCUGAAUUACAUGAAAUGCAGUGCAAUUUAAAACCCUUACAGGAAAUAAAAGAAUUCUAGACAAAUGAUGAGUUUACAAAUUGAUAAAAGAAUGGUCAAAUAUAUGCAUGCCACAAAGCUAAAUUCCGGUGGUUUUUGUUGGAAACAGGUGCUGAGAAUGUGGAACGAGUCUUGUUCACCGUUAUUCAAGGAGCCGUGGAAUAUCCAGAUCCAAUUGCACAAAAAACAUGCUUUAUUAUCCUGUCAAAACUUGUAGAAUUAUGGGGUAAGUUCUUAUUCACAUGCCUAAAAUCCUUUACUUAAAAGGGCACUCUAGACACUUCAUGUCUGGAGUCUGUUGUAUUAAGAGAUCAUCCUUUUUAUAAUUAAGGGCAGAAUCACCUUUCUGUCUGUUACUGAGAGCUAUCGGAAGUGCAGCUGCGCUGGGCUAGCACACGUCAUCCUUCCACUUUUCUUAAUAAACUGUACAACAGCUUAUUGAAAAGCAUAGGAAAGCUGCUAUCCUGUGCGAGCAUGCUCACAGCUCCAGCCCAGAGACUUAUUAAUGAGAAUCAUAUGAUGGGUCAAUUUCCCAGCACUGACUAAAAAUCUGUAGCAUUUGCAAAUACGGUUAGUUCUGCUAUAUUGUUAAAAACAAAAAUCAACAGUGUGUCACUUGAAACACUACAUUUAAAGGAACACUUUAGGACCAGGAACACAAACAUGUAUUCCUGACCCUAUAGUGUUAAAAACACUAUGUAAACCCUCCUAAAUAUAGUAAAAACUUAACUUUAUUCCAGUUUGCUGGUGCUGGCUCUGCCCCUGAUCUGACUCCUUGGAUGACAUCAUCAUAAAUGAUGAUCUCAGCCAAUCACCAUGCUUUCCCAUAGGAAAGCAUCGGAUUGGCUGAGAUUGUCAAUUCUGAUGAUCUCCGCCAAGGAUUAAUUCAUCAAGAAUCAAUGCAUCUCUUUGAGCAGUGUUCAGUGUCUUCAUGCAGAGGGUGGAGGCACUGAAUGGCAGAGCUGCACACUGUACAGCACUGCUUCUGGAAGCACCUCUAGUUAUCCAUCUGAGGAGUGGUCACUGGAGGUGUCCCUAGGCUGUAAUGUAAACACUGCCUUUUCUGUGAAAAAACAGACCCUGCAGGCUUUUUGCAGUAAACACGGACUAUACUCACCAGAACAACUACAUUAAGCUGUAGUUGUUCUGGUGACUAUAGUGUCCCUUUUAAUUAGAAACCUAUUUUGUGUGUAUAAUUUUAUAUGAUCAAAUAAACUUGUAUGCAACAUGCAUGUUAAAUACACAGCUGCUAGGCAUUGUUUGGUCUUAUAUAGAAACGUGUAUAUAUAAAGUAAAAGCCAGUUUCCUAUGAAUCCUGCAGAUACGUUGGAUUUAAAUGUAAAAAUUACCGGUGCUGUUUGGUCUCACUAUAUAAAUUGGAUGACAUUCUGUGUGUGAUCCUAAAACAUUACCUUUUAGACCUAAUGUGUGUGAGUGAGAUUUCGAAAUAUUUGUUUUAUGCUUUAUGAAAGUCGCACAGUCAUGUUUCCUUAAAUAACGAACAUCCCUUUUUGAUCACAAGCAUUUUUAAUGUAUAUAUUGGUCUUCAUACAUUUACAUUUGUAUGCAUAUAUCAUAUAAUCAUUUUUGUUUGUUUGUUCCUGCUAGGUGGAAAAGAUGGAUUAGUGGGCUUUGCCGAUUUUGUUUACAAGCACAUUGUGCCUGCAUGCUUCCUAGCACCUUUGAAACCAACCUUUGAUCUUGCAGAUGCUCAAACAGUAUUGGUAAGUAAGACCCACCUAGACAUGUCUAUUCUCUGUGACUACAGUUGGGUUGUCUGUAUAUUAAGAUAAAAUAUUUAUUUUUGAAUCCCUCCUUGCUGACAAAACUUGUUAAAGCACAAAUGUUCAUUCAGUGCGUAUUUGCUUGGUUUUGAGCAUCACCAAACAUUAAAAUGAACAAAUGUUUUUACAAUGUCACUGUUUUCAUGUUGAUGGGGUUUUGGCAAUGAUUGGUUACAACAUGGGUCGUCAACCUGGUCCCUACCGCCCACUAGUGGGCGUUUCAGGAUUCCAGGUGGGCGGUAGGGAUUUCGGCGGCUAAAUCCUCUUUUUAAGAGGAUUUCUCCUUUUGGGCGGGUGCGAGCGGCUCUGCGGGCACAAGUUUUCAGUGACCGGCUGGAGGAAGUGCUCCCCCCUGCCAGGCUACCUUCUGGACCCCCAGGUGCGGCAGAGUUCUAAUCCGAGGCGGCGAGGGAGCUCUAACCUCUCUGCACUGCUCCCUCGCGCGAUAUUUGCUGAUGCCGCGGGAGCCGGAAUAUGACGUCCUAUUCCGGUUCCCGGCAUCAGCAGACAGCCUGCGAGGGAGCAGAGCAUAGAGGUUAGAGCUCCCUCGCUGCGUCUGAUUAGCAAACAGCCGCCCGCCGAAGUGAAGCCCCACUGGACCCCAGGGACAGAUCCACACCAGCUCUCCAGGUAGGGAGGCUGGGUGGACAUUUAAUAUUAAUAAUUUGUGUGUCUGUAAGUGUGUGUUUAUCUGUGUGUCUGUUAGUGUAUGUGUGUCUGUCUGUGUAUGUUUGUGUGUAUGUGUUUCUAUGUGAGUGUGUGUGUCUGUUAGUGUAUAUGUGAGUGUGUGUGUCUGUAAGUGUAUGUGUGAGUGUGUGUGUUUGUGAGCAGAGUACUUGUAGAAUAGAAGUAAGAAGAAGCAGAGCAUUUGUAAAAAGGAGAAAGAAGCUGCAGAGUACUUGUAGAAUAGGAGAAAGGAGUAGAGUACUUGUAAAAAAGGAGAAAGAAGGAAAAGAAGAGAAUUGUUGUUGACUAAUAGUAAGUGGGCUACCUAGCUCAGCCUUCCUACUAGGCAUUGCUAUAAGGAAGGUUAAAAAAUAGAAAAAAGGAAGGAAAAAAAUGUGGGGAGGGGAAUUGAGGAGGGGAGCUGACGCACAGAUGAGAAAUCAUUUUAUGAGCAAACAGAGAAAUCGUCUGAAUAUCACCGAAAGAGGAGACCUUUGUUUGUUUUUUACGAAAAUCGAACCAGAUAUCAAAUAUUUAGUCUCGCAGCAUCAACCUCAAGGAUCUCAUUAAUCACUAGUAAAGGUAAUUUCAAUUUACUUUAUUGUUUUCUCAUUAAACUUUAUAAAGUUAAAAACAUUAUAAACAUGCAUAAAGUAGAAAUAAAAAGAUAAAUGUACGUACAUUUAUUUUUUUUAAAACACCCUCCUUUCUAAAAAAUAUUCCGCGCUUGCGCGAAAACUGGUGGGCGGUAAGGAAAUUUUUCCAUCAAGAAAGAUGCAUUAGUGGGCGGUAAGUGGAAAAAGGUUGACUACCACUGGGCUACAACAUAACAUUUCGCGAUGUAAACUGCAUUUCUUUUCCUGAUAUUAGCGGUUGUAUCUAUAUUUACUUUUUUUUUUUUUUCUACUCUGCAGGCUUUAUCAGAAUGUGCAGUAACAAUUAAAACUGUUUAUCUCAAAAGGGUAAGACUUGUGCUUGUUUCUUCUUUAUGGUGGUUUUAUAAAAAUUGGAAAUGUGUUCUCAUAAUUGGAUGGCUUCUAUAUAGAAAUCAGAAAUUAAAACAUCAUUUUUAAAUUUUUUUUUUUUUUUUAAAUAAACCGUGAGGCAGCAUUGUAGCAUUUUUUCAGACUAUAGCCAUUUUGUUAACAUUUCAAUUUUUUUGAUGAUAUUCAAUAAAUAAGUGUACUUCAAAAACAAUGGUGACCGAACACUAUUUUUGUGAUUUAAAGGACCACUCUAGGCACCCAGACCACUUCAGCUUAAUGAAGUGGUCUGGGUGCCAGGUCCCUCUAGGAUUAACCCAUUUUUUAAUAAACAUAGCAGUUUCAGAGAAACCGCUUUGUUUAUGAAUGGGUUAAGCCUUCCCCCAAAGCCUCUAGCGGCUGUCUCCUUGACAGCCGCUAGAGGCACUUGCGUGCUUCUCACUGUGAUUUUCACAGUGAGAGCACACCAGCGUCCAUAGGAAAGCAUUGUGAAUGCUUUCCUAUGCGACCGGCUGAAAGCGCGCGCAGCUCUUGCCGCAUGUGCGCAUUCAGCCGACGGGGAGGAGAGUCGGAGGAGGAGAGCUCCCCACCCAGCGCUGGAAAAAGGUACGUUUUUACUCCUUACCCCCUUCCAGAGCCGGGCGGGAGGGGGUCCCUGAGGGUGGGGGCACCCUCAGGGCACUAUAGUGCCAGGAAAAAGAGUAUGUUUUCCUGGCACUAUAGUGGUCCUUUAAACCAUCUGUUUUCAACUGCAUUUUGAACCUGUAGUAACUGUAUAAUGGUGGCUUUUAUUAUUUUCACUAGGAAAUUUUACUCUCCUUUGUAUCUGAGCAGACUAGUGGAGCCCAAUAUAUUUUUAUUAUUUUCACUACUUGUGGGGGGCAUUGAUAGAAUUUGUUAGCCAACAUCCCUUGUGUUGCUUACUAUGCAAUUCAAAAUGAUGACAGACAAAGAAUUCAUCUCUGUGAAAUCCUGGUACCCAAGAGUUAGAUCACCCCUUUUGCGAGUUUCUUUUAAUGCGCAUUGGCUUUGAACCUUCCAGAUGUUAAUCUUCUUCCUCUCCCCACCACUCCAAGUUUGGUUGAGUAGGUCCAUUCACUAUAUUAAUGAGUUAUAUCAAAUUUAAAUUUUGGUUGUAAUGAAGACCAACUCUGGCCCUUGUGAAUAGAUUAUAAUGCUACUGUUUCUCCAGUGCUCACAUAUUUUAAUUUGUUGUAGUCCGUAUAUAAAUUGUAAAAUGUACUAGUUGCCCCUUUGCUAUUUAUUUCACCAUUUCGGUUAACUGUUUUUUGCUUUAUGUAGUUAAUGACUUAAAGUAUAUCUCUUUUGCAGGGACCUGAAUGCAUUCAGUAUCUACAACAAGAAUACCUUCCCUCUCUGCAUGUGGCACCAGAAAUUAUUCAGGUCAGUGACUGUCUAUUUUGUUGCAGACAGGGUCCAAGACUAGCAAUGGUUUUCUUCUUACAUUACACCCUUAACUUGGAUUGUGCCCAAAACAUAAAGAAGCUGUAGUGGGUUUAUUUUGUAAAGUAAACCAGGUUCAAAUUACAAAAGUAGUAUUAAAAAGAAAAAAAAUACAAUCUGCGGUAUAACAAGUGUUAAUCAUAGUUGUAUGUUGAUAUCCAGGUCCACAUUAUACAUUAGUUAAAAUUCAUAUUUUAUUAAUUCUUUACAUUGCAUAAAAAUAAGAAAAACCACAAAAGAACGUCAGUCCAUCCUCCUGACUAUUUUGCCACCUGUAUAUAUUUAUCAAUUAUCAAAAUGAGUUUUAAAUUGUUUUAGUGAAGUUUAAGAGAUUCUUGAUUUAUUUAUUAAUUUUAUCGUGCCUGGCGAUCGGAAAUGUGUCAUAGUUGUGAAUAUCGUCCACAUGAAGAAGGUCUUAACUCAUGUACAUUUUGCAACCUUCAUUCCCUUGUUUUGCAGGAGUUUUGUCAAGCACUUCAACAACCAGAUGCUAAAGUGUUCAAGAACUACCUGAAGGUAAGCCUAGAAUUAGAUUUUAUAAAUUAGUAAUAGAAUAAUCAAAUGGAUUUGUCUUUUCUUUCUGAUUUGUAUAAUAUAUUGGUAUCUUCAUUUCUAUAAGAUUAACAACUUAUUUUGUUUUCAUUCACAGAUUUUCUUUCAGAGGGCAAGGCCCUGAAAACUAACUGGAAAUCCCUCGUACCUGAUUCCAUUGCUCAGGAACUCCAGUUAUUUAUGUAGAUUAUGAGUUUUGUACAUGCCAUUUAAUAUGUUGUUCUCUGACAUACAACCGUAAAUAAUUCAUGGUCUAAUUUUUAAAAGCUGCUGACACAUCAUACCUGCUCUGUAUUCCAUAAAUGGUGGUAAAACUUGCCCUGGACAAGGGGUCCAUCUCCCACCCUUUAUUCUGCCAAUGAAUUCAAGCGUGUGCCCUGCAAAAAAAAAAAAAAAAAGCAAUGUAAAGUUAUAUUUGAGUUUUUUUUGUUUUUCUUUACAUUAGGAAUUUGAGGAAAAAAACUGUAAAAUAUAUAUAUUGCCAUUCAGGUAUCCUUUUAUGUAAAUUUUUUCUUAUUUUUUUUUUUUUUUUAAAAGGUUCUAAUUUGGUUGAAAGCUUCAGUCUUCUAAAUGGGAUCUCCUGUGUAAGGUGGUUUAAAAAAAAUCUAAUGAAUUGUAUAGAUAGUCAAGACAUUUUUAUUAUAAUUGUCUCUUAUUUGGAAAACCUUCAUCACUGGGUUGUACAUCUUGAAGGCAGUGCAUUGUUCAUUGAUGAAAUAAACACUAGCAAUAUGCUUAGCCAGAACUAAUUAUCUUAAGUAUUUGUUUGUGACAGCAAUAAGUAUCUUUAGAACAGUGAUGGCUAAUGCUGGCAUUUGACAUGUAUCUAAACUACAUUUCCCAUAAUGCUCAGCCAGCCGUCUCACUUUGUUUGCAUUUUAGGAAAUGUAUUUCAGAAAUGUCGGUUUACCACCAUUGCUGACAAUCACUGCUUUAGACUUAAUUUUUAGUGGGAUGAGAUCAUGUAGAAGUUGUGUGUGUAUAUAAAAAUCUUAACUGCAGAGAUGAAGAGGUUUCAAUAUAGAAGACAUUACUUAACUAAUGUCAGACUUUAAAUAUAGAAGCUGGUUAUACAGUUUUUUUUUGUUUUUUUUUUAAUAAAAGGAUGACAAUAAAUUUUAUGUAGACAAAUCAGAAAAGUAUCAUGAUUUGUUGUUUUCGUAGCCUCACUGUGCAUGGCCAUACAUUACCAAUUAG